AUGGGUGUCACCAAACUAUAUUUGGUGAUGUUUUUCAUUCUGACAGGUAAGUGGUAGCUAGAUUUUAAGUCCUUAAAUGCUUAUGGUAAUGUUAUUUGGAUAGAUUUCACCCAGUCCUGUCAAUUUUUCUUCAGUGAAAGCAACUUCAGCUACAGGAGAUCCCUCUACGACUAGUGCACCAGCAACAACUGAACCUGGGGGAUCCACAUCGUCUGGAGGUGCAACUAGCACUGAAACUUCCUCGUCAAUAGCAACCACUGGUGGAGCAACAACAACUGAUCAAACUACAACAGAAGGUUCUGCUACAACAAGUGCAACAGUAACAACAGUAACAGGGGAAUCCACAUCAUCUGGAGGGACAACUGGAAUUGAAACUUCCUCGUCAACAGCAACUACUGGACAAGCAACAACUACUGGACAAACUACAACAGGAGAUUCUGCCAUGACAAGUGCAACAACAGUAAGUGGGGCACCCAUGUCAACUGGGGGUACAACAAGGAUUGAAACUUCAUCAUCAACAGCAACUGGUGGAGCAACAUCUACUGAACAAACUUCAACAGGAGGUUCCUUUAUGACUAGUGCACCAGCAACAACUGAACCUGGGGGAUCCACAUCGUCUGGAGGUACAACUAGCACUGAAACUUCCUCAUCAAUAGCAACCAGUGGUGGAGCAACAACAAUUGAUCAAACAACCACAAGAGGUUCUGCUACAACCAGUGCAAUAGUAAUAGCAUUAACAGGGACAUCCACAUCAUCUGGGGGUACAACAGGCACUGAAACUUCCUCAUUGACAGCAACUGAUGGAGCAACAUCUACUGAGCAAACUACAACAGUAGGUUCUGCUACAAGUGCAACAGUCACAACAGUAACAGGGGAAUCCACAUCAUCUGGGGGUACAACAGGCACUGAAACUUCCUCAUCAGCAGCAAUCACUGGUGGAACAACAACUAAUGAUCAAACUACAACAGAAGGUUCUGCUACAACAAGUGCAACAGUAACAACAGUAACAGGGGAAUCCACAUCAUCUGGGGGUACAACAGGCACUGAAACUUCCUCAUCAGCAGCAACUGAUGGACUAACAACUACUGGACAGACUACAACAGGAGGUUCCUCUAUGACUAGUGCACCAGCAACAACUGUACCUGGGGGAUCCACAUCAUCUGGAGGUACAACAGGCACUGAAACUUCCUCGUCAACAGCAACCACUGGACAAGCAACAACUACUGAUCAAACAACAACAGGAGGUUCUGCUAUGACAAGUGCAACAACAGUAAGUGCGGCACCCAUGUCAACUGGGGGUACAACAAGGAUUGAAACUUCAUCAUCAACAGCAACUGGUGGAGCAACAUCUACUGAACAAACUUCAACAGGAGGUUCUGCCACAACAAGUGCAACAGUCACAACAGUAACAGGGGAAUCCACAUCAUCUGGGGGUACAACAGGGACUGAAACUUCCUCAUCAUCAGCAAUCACUGGUGGAACAACAACUACUGAUCAAACUACAACAGAAGGUUCUGCUACAACAAGUGCAACAGUGACAGGGGAGUCCACAUCAUCUGGGGGUACAACAGGCACUGAAACUUCCUCAUCAGCAGCAACUGAUGGACUAACAACUACUGGACAGACUACAAUAGGAGGUUCCUCUAUGACUAGUGCACCAGCAACAACUGUACCUGGGGGAUCCACAUCAUCUGGAGGUACAACAGGCACUGAAACUUCCUUGUCAAUAGCAACUGAUGGACUAACAACUACUGGACAGACUACAACAGGAAGUUCCCCUAUGACUAGUGCACCAGCAUCAACUGUACCUGGGGGAUCCACAUCAUCUGGGGGUACAACUAGCACUGAAACCUCCUCGUCAAUAGCAACUCCUGGACAAGCAACAACUACUGAUCAAACAACCACAGGAGGUUCUGCUAUGACCAGUGCAACAGUAAUAGCAUUAACAGGGACAUCCACAUCGUCUGGGGGUACAACAGGCACUGAAACUUCCUCGUCAACAGCAACCACUGGACAAGCAACAACUACUGGACAAACUACAACAGUAGGUUCUGCUAUGACAAGUGCAACAACAGUACUUGGGGCAUCCACAUCAUCCGGGAGUACAACUGGUGCUGAAACUUCCUCAUUGACAGCAACUGGUGAAGCAACAUCUACUGAACAAACUUCAACAGGAGGAUCUUCUAUGACAAGUGAAACAGUAACAGCAGUAACAGGGGCAUCCACAUCACCUGGAGGUUUAACUGGCACUGAAACUUCCUCAUCAACAGCAACCACUGGUGGAGCAACAACAGUUGGACAGACUACAACAGGAGGUUCUCCUAUGACUAGUGCAACAGCAACAGCAGUAACAGGGGCAUUCACAUCAUCUGGUGGGACAACUGGAACUGAAACUUCCUCAUCUACAGCAACUGGUGGAGCAUCAACUACUGCACAGACAACCAAUAGAGGUUCUGCUAUGACUAGUGCAACAGCAACGGCAGUAACAGGGGCAUCCACAUCACCUGGAGGUUUAACUGGCACUGAAACAUCCUCAACAACAGAAACCGGUGGUGCAACAACAGCGAGACAGUCAACUGCAGCACCAACAACAACCACCACAACAGCAGCAAUCAUGACAACAACCACCACUACAGUGGCACCCUUACCAGUUGUGUUAAUUGCAGCAGUCAUUGUACAACCAUUUGUACCACAACUUGAGGACAAAGAAUCUGAAGAAUUCAAGGCUCUUGAAGCAGAAGUUGUUGCAGUGGUGAGAACAGAGUUUUUUGUUGCUUUAAGCAGUUAACACUCAACAAGAAAGUCCUCUUUAAUUUUUGAAUGCUUUUCUUUCACAGUAUGAUGUGAUCUUCAGGUCGAGAUACGGCAUUCUAUUCGUCCGCACCUUUGUCAUAGCUUUCAGGUAACAUCUUCAGACUUAGACCAACUCUACUUUAAUUCUUUGGAUGUGGUUACCAACACUGUGAUGUAUACUUUGAUAUUAAAAUUAAAUGAUUUGCAUGUUAUCACUGAUAAUAUUGAUUCAAAUAUUUCUACACUGACACAGACCUGCUUCAGUAUCAUCACGCACUUCCACUACUGAAGCAGAGGUAGGUGUUGAGUUCAAUAGUACCUCAAACUUGACAGAGGAAAUUCCACAGGCUGAUGCUGUUGCAGAUACCUUAUCAGUGGCAGUGUCAAACCCCAACAAUACCUUCAAUCUCACUUUUAACCCUGAGUCCAUAAAGGUUAUAGGUAAGUUUACAUUUUUCUAUCAUUUAACUCUGGUUGGUGUAGUUAUUUGCAAUGAUAUCUAUCUUGUAAUGAGUACCUCUGUGGCUUUGUGAGUGUUGUGUUCCUCCAUAUGUUUUUAUAAGUCAUAGUUUUCAAAAUAUUUUUAAUGUUAAAUCAAAGUAAAAAAUGUAACAUUCUCCAGAAUGUAAAAAUACAACUUCAAAUAUCAUUCUUCCUCUCUCUCUCUUAUUUCUUUGAUAGAAAGAGUCUCAACUUCAACAACUGCCACCCCAACUCCUACUGCUGCAAAUACAACUGUAGUAGCUACAAUUGCAACCACUCAGUCCGCUGCUACAGCUGCAAAUACAACAGCAGAAGGUUCAAUUUCAACCACUCAGUCUGCUGCUACAGCUGCAAAUACAACAGCAGUGGUGACGGAUGCAACCACUCAGUCUGCUGCUACAGCUGCAAAUACAACAACAGUGGUGACGGAUGCAACCACUCAGUCUGCUGCUACAGCUGCAAAUACAACAGCAGUGGUGACGGAUGCAACCACUCAGUCUGCUGCUACAGCUUCAAAUACAACUGCUGUAGCUUCAAUUGCAACCACUCAGUCCGCUGCUACAGCUGCAAAUACAACAGCAGAAGGUUCAAUUACAACCACUCAGUCUGCUGCUACAGCUGCAAAUACAACAACAGUGGUGACGGAUGCAACCACUCAGUUUGCUGCUACAGCUGCAAAUACAACAGCAGUGGUGACGGAUGCAACCACUCAGUCUGCUGCUACAGCUGCAAAUACAACAGCAGUGGUGACGGAUGCAACCACUCAGUCUGCUGCUACAGCUGCAAAUACAACAGCAGUGGUGACGGAUGCAACCACUCAGUCUGCUGCUACAGCUGCAAAUACAACUGCUGUAGCUUCAAUUGCAACCACUCAGUCCGCUGCUACAGCUGCAAAUACAACAGCAGAAGGUUCAAUUACAACCACUCAGUCUGCUGCUACAGCUGCAAAUACAACAGCAGUGGUGACGGAUGCAACCACUCAGUCUGCUGCUACAGCUGCAAAUACAACAACAGUGGUGACGGAUGCAACCACUCAGUCUGCUGCUACAGCUGCAAAUACAACAGCAGUGGUGACGGAUGCAACCACUCAGUCUGCUGCUACAGCUGCAAAUACAACCGCAGUUGCUGCAAAUGCAACCACUCAAUCAGCUACCCCAGCUGCAAAUACAACAGCAGUAGCUUCAAUUUCAACCACUCAGUCUAUCUCCACUACCACAACUACAACUGCAAGAGUAACGGCCACAACUGCAGCACCAACAACAACAACAACAACAACAACAACAACAACAACAACCACCACAACAGCAGCAAUCAUGACAACAACCACCACUACAGUGGCACCCUUACCAGUUGUGUUUAUUGCAGCAGUCAUUGUACAACCAUUUGUACAACAACUCGAGAACAGAGAAUCUGAAGAAUUCAAGGCUCUUGAAGCAGAAGUUGUUGCAGUGGUAAGAACAGAGUUUUUUGUUGCUUUAAGCAGUUAACACUCAACAAGAAAGUCCUCUUUAAUUUUGGAAUGCUUUUCUUUCACAGUAUGAUGUGAUCUUCAGAUUGAGAUACGGCAUUCUAUUCGUCCGCACCUUUGUCAUAGCUUUCAGGUAACAUCUCUGAUAUUUCAGACUUAGACCAACUCUACUUUAAUUCUUUGUAUGUGGUUAUCAACAUUGUGAUGUAUACUUGGAUAUUAAAAUUAAAUGAUUUGCAUGUUAUCGCUGAUAAUAUUGAUUCAAAUAUUUCUACACUGACACAGACCUGCUUCAGUAUCAUCACGCAUGUCCAAUACUGAAGCAGAGGUAGGUGUUGAGUUCAAUAGUACCUCAAACUCAACAGAGGAAAUUCCACAGGCUAAUGCUGUCGCAGAAACCUUAUCAGUGGCAGUGUCAAACCCCAACAAUACCUUCAAUCUCACUUUUAACCCUGAGUCCAUAACGGUUAUAGGUAAGUUAACAUUUUUCUAUCAUUUAACUCUGGGUGGUGUUGUUAUUUGCAAUGAUAUCUAUCUUGUAAUGAGUACCUCUGUGGCUUUGUGAGUCUUGUGUGCUCCAAAUGUUUUUACAAGUCAUAGUUUUCAAAAUAUUUUUAAUGUUAAAUCAAAGUAAAAAAUGUAACAUUCUCCAGAAUGUAAAAAAUACUAUUUCAAAUCUCAUUCUUCCUCUCUCUCUCUUAUUUUUUUUGAUAGUAAGAGUCUCAACUUCAACAACUGCCACCCCAACUCCUACUGCUGCAAAUACAACUGUAGUAGCUACAACUGCAACCACUCAGUCUGCUACCCUGGCUGCAAAUACAACAGCAGUAGCUGCAAAUGCAACCACUCAAUCUGCUGCUACAGCUUCAAAUACAACAGCAGUGGUGACGGAUGCAACCACUCAGUCUGCUGCUACAGCUUCAAAUACAACAGCAGUGGUGACGGAUGCAACCACUCAGUCUGCUGCUACAGCUUCAAAUACAACAGCAGAGGUGACGGAUGCAACCACUCAGUCUGCUGCUACAGCUUCAAAUACAACAGCAGUGGUGACGGAUGCAACCACUCAGUCUGCUGCUACAGCUGCAAAUACAACAGCAGUGGUGACGGAUGCAACCACUCAGUCUGCUGCUACAGCUUCAAAUACAACAGCAGUGGUGACGGAUGCAACCACUCAGUCUGCUGCUACAGCUUCAAAUACAACUGCAGUAGCUUCAAUUACAACCACUCGGUCUGUUGCAACGGCUGCAAGCACAACUGCAGAAGCUGCAAAUACAACCACUCAGUCUGCCUCCACUGCCAGAGCUACAACUGCAAGAGUAACGGCCACAACUGCAGCACCAACAACAACCACCACAACAGCAGCAAUCAUGACAACAACCACCACUACAGUGGCACCCUUACCAGUUGUGUUUAUUGCAGCAGUCAUUGUACAACCAUUUGUACAACAACUCGAGAACAGAGAAUCUGAAGAAUUCAAGGCUCUUGAAGCAGAAGUUGUCGCAGUGGUGAGAACAAAGUUUUUUGUUGCUUUAAGCAGUUAACACUCAACAAGAAAGUCCUCUUUAAUUUUGGAAUGCUUUUCUUUCACAGUAUGAUGUGAUCUUCAGAUUGAGAUACGGCAUUCUAUUCGUCCGCACCUUUGUCAUAGCUUUCAGGUAACAUCUCUGAUAUUUCAGACUUAGACCAACUCUACUUUAAUUCUUUGUAUGUGGUUAUCAACAUUGUGAUGUAUACUUUGAUAUUAAAAUUAAAUGAUUUGCAUGUUAUCGCUGAUAAUAUUGAUUCAAAUAUUUCUACACUGACACAGACCUGCUUCAGUAUCAUCACGCAUGUCCAAUACUGAAGCAGAGGUAGGUGUUGAGUUCAAUAGUACCUCAAACUCAACAGAGGAAAUUCCACAGGCUAAUGCUGUUGCAGAUACCUUAACAGCGGCAGUGUCAAACCCCAACAAUACCUUCAAUCUCACUGUUAACCCAGGGUCCAUAAGGGUUAUAGGUAAGUUUACAUUUUUCUAUCAUUUAACUCUGGUUGGUGUAGUUAUUUGCAAUGAUAUCUAUCUUGUAAUGAGUACCUCUGUGGCUUUGUGAGUCUUGUGUGCUCCAAAUGUUUUUAUAAGUCAUAGUUUUCAAAAUAUUUUAAUGUUAAAUCAAAGUGAAAAGUAACAUGCUCCAGAAUGUAAAAAAAUGGAACUUCAAAUCUCAUUCUUCCUUUUUUUUUUUUGAUAGAAAGAGUCUCAACUUCAACAACUGCCAUUCCAACUCCUACUGCUGCAAAUACAACUUUAGGAGCUGCAAAUACAACCACUCAGUCUGCUGCUACAGCUGUAAAUACAACAGCAGUAGCUGCAAAUGCAACCACUCAAUCUGCUACCCCAGCCGCAAAUACAACAGCAGUAGCUUCAAUUUCAACCACUCAGUCUGCUACCCUGGCUGCAAAUACAACAGCAGUAGCUGCAAAUGCAACCACUCAAUCUGCUACCCUGGCUGCAAAUACAACAGCAGUAGCUGCAAAUGCAACCACUCAGGCUGCUGCUACGGCUGCAAAUACAACUGCAGUAGCUUCAAUUACAACCAUUCAGUCUGCCUCCACUGCCAGAGCUACAACUGCAAGAGUAACUGCCACAACUGCAGCACCACCAACAACAACAACAACAACCACUACAACAGUUGCAACAACUACUGUUGAGCCAACAACUAUCAGGACACUGACUUUCAGAACUGCAGAGACAUUUACCAUUGACCUGUCAAACUCAUCAUCACCAGCAUUUAUCACUCGAGCUGCGCUGACCAAGUCUACUGUAAGUCUUGACUAAAAUUUAGCAGCAUGUUUGCAUGAUAUUUCUUCCCUAUUUUUAACUGAGCUAUCAUGACCUCUCUAACUGUACUAAUAGUUUUCCAGUGAAACGUGUCAAAUGAAUGCUUUAGAAAGCAAAUGAAUAAACAGCCUCCCUGGUUGCUUAUUGUUCACCUUUUCACGUGUCAGUUUGACUGUAGAUGUUUUACCAAACACAUCAUCAAUCACUCUUGUUCUUGACACAAAUCAAGAAGCAGGCUCUCCAUUUCAUUCCACUUUCCAUAGUAAAUGCUUCCUGUUUACUGUCCUUACCAUGGCAAAGUUUGUUGUGUGUUAUUCUGUAAGCCUGCUUCCCAAUCAGCUAUUAUUUUUGCUCCAUGAUCCCUUGGAGUUCCCCCCACACAACAGUAUAACUAUCUGUUAAUAUUAAACGUUUCAUAGUUACAGUUACAAGUCGCUGUGCUUCUGAACCUCUUUCACACAAAUUUAAGGAAGGAAAAUCUCUCUCAGCACACCUCAAACCACAGGAUAAUCCUAGAAAAUCAACAAGAUGAUUCAGCAUGGAUUCAAACUAGAGUUACUGUCUUUUUUUUCUGGUUACAAUUAAUUCCUUGCACUGCCUUUAAAAUGUUUUUCUUAUGUCUUCACAGCUUGAACCUUUUUACCGAGCAGCAUUUGAAUCAUUCCGCUUUUUGACGGUGACUUCAUUCAGGUAACACUUUUGUUGUUAUGAUGAAAAGAAAAAAAAAAAGUAAGGGUCAUAAACUUACUUUAAAAAGAAUGGUUAUUUUUGUCAUUACAGUAAUGGAUCAAUCAUCACCAAUGCAAACGUUGGAUUUGCAUCAGCAUCUGUACCUAAUGACACUCAGAUUGCCAACACAUUGAUCAGUGCAUCUGCCAACAUCACAGUCUUUAACAUUGACACCACUUCCAUCACAGUGAACGGCACUCGUGAGUAAUACUCAACCAGAACUUGUACUUUCUCAGAAACGUCCAUGAUCACAAAUCUAUUCGUGGAGUAACACUUUGUUUCCUUUUCUUAACAUUCACAGUGGUUUCAAGCGGAGUCAGCCACAAUAUCAGUCUACUUACUGCAUCCUUCUUUGUGUUGCUGUCAUGGCUGCUGGCAAGCCUGCAGUAAUGUCAGUGCAGUGACAACUCAUUAGAAAGCGACUGUUUUCAAUGAUAUGAAAAAGACUGGGCCUCCAUUGAAAAAAAAAACAACAACCUUCAACUGCACUAUAGCUCCGAAAGGAUUUCCACAAAGUAAAGUCAAAGUCAAAAUUAUAACAUAGAGGGGGUAAUAUAUUGUGAGCCAAUAGUUUUGUGAACUACAGCCCCGAGAUAGAGACAAAACCCUGACACAAAGGGCUCUUGUUCAUCCAAAAUGCUAACAACUACAGAUCAAAACACAAGUUAACACUAAUAAUUGAUAUAGAAAUGAUUUUAUUACAAAAAUAUAUAUAUAUUUUUACCACCAAAAAGAUAUCCUCUCAGAUUCCACAGUUGGUGAAAACAUCAUUCUUAUCAGCUUGCUUGCAGGUUUAAUUUAGAUUAAAGUUUUAGUUUUUAUAUAUGGUAAAGUUUAACCAUCAGGAUUCUUUAGUCAUCUUUUGAAUCAAGUAACCAACACAGCUGAAUGAUAAGUAAGAAUGCUGGGUGAUGAAUAGUGGUAACAAAGAUUGGUACAUCAUCCACUCUUCCUUUGAUGGUCUAGAUUUGUGUUGCAAUAUUUCCUAAAACUAAUUAUUUAGUAAAACUUAAGUAUAAAAUAAAAUCAGUUUUACUAUAUGUAAGGGGCUACUCAGAAAAUUGUGCCAAUUUUGGAGAAAAAAAAGCCUUUUGUCAAUGCUAAUUUUUCUACUAAUUGUUCCACAGCCACAAUCAUGUUUAAAAUAUAUGAACAGUUGCUGUAUUUAUUUUUAUGCGUUUACAUAAUCAUGGCUAUCUUUAUGCUUAUAUUAUGUAAUUGUACCUUUUUAUGUUUUUCUGUGUAACAUUCUUGAUUUUCAUGAUAAUCAAGCUAUAGAACUAAAAAAUAAAAAUAUUAUUUAUCUCAUAUCAAACUUGUUUUCACACAUUUAAAGCAGAUAAGAAGGUGUACUGUUGAUUUAUUUUGAAAUUGGUUCUAUUAAAGUUGUUUUAUACAUUAAAUUGGAUUCUGUUCCACUAUUUCUCGAUAUACUCUUUAUAUAUUUUCACUAUAAAAUGUUUUUAUUCUGUAAGCACCACAGCGUUAAAACUUAGCUGAAGUAACAAUGCUUCACCCAAAAGUACUUUGGUACAUGAAACAAGCCUGGUGUCUCUUGGACAAUUGCUGGACAUAUACAAACUAAAGCAUCUGCAGCUUUCAGAAAACUGGCUUUACAAAUAAAGAUGCUACUAAUUCCCUUCCUUUGUAUAAAACCUUUUGUGUUAUUGUAUUCUUUGAUCAGAUCAAGUCAAAGACACUCUGGCUCUCUAGCAUCAUUUAUAAACAAAUGUCACACAACCAUCAUCCCCUGUGUUGCUGAUACUGAUUUCUUAAGUAAUUCAGAAUGUUAAACAAACGACUUUGAGAGAAGCAGAAGUGGAAAUAAUAGAGGAUGGAGGAUAAUGUUUUGAUUUUCAUGAUAGACAUGAGGCAUUCUACAGAAUUAAUUUAAUGUCAGUUUGCUUUUUGGCAAUAGACUUACUAGUAAGUUGAACAAAUAAUUACCAUUUUCAUGAAAUACUGAUCAUGUUAUCACUGGGCUGUUGUUUGUGGCUGCUGCACUACUGGACGCAAACAAGUGCAUAUGUCUCAUAUGGUAUGUGAUUAGACUGUAUUUCAGCAUUGAAAUUGAAGAUAAAGUCAUAUGUAGGCUGUUUCUGGUUGCAAUGGCUUAUAACCACUCAACAUAAACAAUAUGCAGCAAAAAUGGGCACACAAAAGUUCACCUGCAAUGAGGACCGGAAACUGGUGGUGCCUCAACAUUGACACAGCCUGGCUAAAUUGCUCUUUGAACCAGCUGUAAUUCCUUGAUAACACAGCCAGCCAGAGCCACUACAAGCUGAACAGUUAGUAAUUUAGAAAUAGUAAUAAAUUCCAUUUAUUUUCCUUAAUAGACCCCUGUCAACAUAUUUGAUGGUGUACCUUAUUUCAGACCUCACAUUCCAUUUUCUCCCUAUUAUUGGGUGCCAAAACAGCAAUAAAAAGAAGUUAAGCCAUCAUCUCAAGGUCAUUUUCAUUCAAUUUUCCAUUAUUUUUGUCAGUAUGAACUCUGUUGGUGUUUUUGCAAAGUGUCUGUGAACAGUUGUUAUAAUCUUGUAUGCUGCGAAUUGAACACUACUGUAUGUACAAGGCAGUAUAUCAACCAAGAUGUACCAUUUGGUCUUUAGAGGCCCAAACCAUAUAUUCCAAUGCAAAGUGCCAUGAUUGUUUCUCAGUGCAUUAAUGCCCCCAUUUUACAGAAAUUUAACGCCCCUUUCUAAUCAUGUUGCAAAAAGAUAAACAUAGGCAAAUAACUUUGCAUAUGUUCAUUACAUAUUGUGUCACUUUUUUUCUGUGGUUACUUUUAUUAGCUGUUAAAUUACUGUUUUCAAGAAGUAAUGCAAAGACUUAUUUAAAAUUGAUCGAUGUGAUGAAUGAGUACAACUGAAAGUAUGCUGUGCACUUACCUAAGCUAAUUGGAAAAGAUUAAAUAAGAUUUAGAGUUCAAAAAGAUUGGCACAAGCUGCAGAUACUUGCCAGGCGUGUGCUUUUUGAGAAACAAACACUUGAGGAUGAUUUGACAACAGUCUGGCCCAUUGUGCUGCCAUGAAAAAUGGCAUCAACUUUUGUCUUUCAAUUGUGUGACGACCCUGCCAGCAGUUCUUUUUGUGUCGGUGCCUUGCCUCUGCUUUCUGUGUCUGUGUUGCAGGGGGUGUGUCCUAGCAAGGGGUCAUUCACUGAAUAAGCAGCACCCAGGCAUGAUGCACUCUUGUACUCAAGAGACCUCUUGGUCCUCUCCUUCUUACUCCGAUUCUCAAUCUGGCUCUUACCCUUCAACUUUGGCUCUGGGUUUGGCUCUUCCCUGUAGAAAUUGUUUCCUCUGUUUUAUUCAAAACAUAUACCCAAUUGUUCUUUUAAAGCUUCCAGCAUAUAAACUUGAUUAAAUGAAACAAGAACGCAGUGAAAAUUUAGAAGGCUCCAUUUCACCUCACUACAUUGAAAGUUAUUAAUUGUUUGACAUAAUUUAGUGGCACAUUGCUGGAACUCCCUUUAUAAUUUACAAAAGUGGAAUGCAGCCGUGUGACAUUUCAAUUGUAGCACAAAGACAAGGGAGUAUACUCUAAGACAGAGCCAAGAAUGACAGCUUAACAAGAGGCACCUUAUGAUUGGUGUUUUGAUUUUGUUUUUUUUCUCCCUCUGUGUCACAACUGAAAGGCAUAUCCUCAAUGAGUCAUGCAAUUUGCUGGUGAAACCACUACCCUAUAUAAAAUCCAACAAGGUUAGUGUAAGAACCACCACAACUGGUAAACGUUCGCAGUGUCGCAAACAAAAGAUGGAUUGACAAAAUAUCUGCUGAAGUAUCGCACAACCAAAACAGAUUAGCCCUUAUUUGAAGAGUGGACUUUCAUUUAUUUUAUCUGUAUCUGCUACACAUUAGGGUAAGUGAAGUUUUAAAUUUAUAUAUUUAACUUUUUGCGUUAAUUUAUUGAUUUAACAUGUAUAUAUAUAUAUAUAUAUAUAUAUAUAUAUAUAUAUAUGUGUGUGUGUGUGUGUGUGUGUGUGUGUGUGUGUGUGUGUGUGUGUGUGUGUCUGUGUAUGUGUGUGUAUUAUUAUAACCAUUAUUACUAAAACUUGAAAAAAAUUGACUUACAUGAACUGAUGUUGUAAGAAAGGGGCAAGACUAAAUAAGCUGUUCAAAUUUUCUGGUUAUUUUUUAAUGCGUUUUGUAGAGAUUGUUUGCAACUGUUGGAUUUUGAGAUCAAUCUUUCAAAAUGGGUUGAGUAUGCAUCUCGGCAGGUUAGUGAUAGAGUUGAACUUCAAACAAGAGGACAGAUACCAAAACUUUACAGAUGUUUUUUUUUUUCUUCUUUUUAUUAUAUCAAAAGGGCUGGCAAGUUAAUAUUUUUAUUUUGAUGUAUCACGUACAGAUUUGAAGUAUCAUCUUAAUCCCCACACCUGCUAUAUCUGUAGUGAACCUAGAACACUUUGCUUGGGGUGCAGCAGUGCUGGUCACUGCACAUAAAUGCCACCAAGGAUGGGACUGGUGAAAAUUUCAAAAGCCAGAUUAUUAUCACAUAAAGUUUAGUCACAAUACAGGUUAUUAAUAAAUUUUGUCCUUCAAUAUCUUUCAGUUCUGACUUAUUUUACAGAUUCAGUGGCUGACAAGAUGACACUUGGGCCUGUCUUAUCAGUUUUACUGAUAUUUAUUGGUAAGAUUUGAUAAUUAAGUGUAUCAAUGGCAGUAUUCUUAAAGUGAAAAGUAUUUUUUUAACCAUUUGUUUCAUUAUUUCCGAAAAGGGGCUCAAAAGCUUGCCAUAUCACAGUCCACUGAAAAUGUUGGGCUGACAACAACCAAUAUGUCAACACCUGUAAAAUCAACACCCGGCAAAUCAACACGUCAAGGGACAAACACAAACCAAGUCAGACUGGUAAUUGCAGUCACCUUAAAAGACAAAUUUCUGGAAGAACUCAACAAUCCCAACAGUACAGAAUUCAAAAACAUGGAAGCAAAACUUGGAAAUAUGGUAAGUAAAAUUUCAAGUUAUCCAUCAUGUUUGAUAUGUCACCAUAUACUGUAUGCAGAUUUGUCAUUUUGCUAGGAUACUACAUGACUGAAAUCUCUGUCCGGAUUCUGAUUUGUCAACCGGCUAUUGCUCAAAUCUCAUUUCUCACACUUUUCUGCACAAAAGUGUAUCUGUGAGAGUGUAACAGUUGCAAUGUAAAUAUUUCUCCUAAAUCCUGGUGUGAUAGCUAUCCGUUCUCCUUGAAGUGAACUUUUGAAUAUUUGAUGCCUGCAACAUUUUCCAAAAAUGCUGGGGCAGGGGCUAUUGACCACUGUGACACAUCACCUUUCCAUUUAACGGCACUGAAUAAAGGUUUAGAAACUGAUGACAGUAAAAACAUUCAAGUUUAUCAGUUUGAACAGAAAAUAUCUUGAACACAGAAUAUUCACUUGAAUAAAGGUCAAAAAGGAUUUGCAAACCACGGAAUUCUGUUUUUAUUUAUUAUGUCAUACUAAAUGUCCCAACUUCAUUAAAAUUGUAUGGAAAAGUAAAUGACAAAAAGGGGGAAAAAAUACGUCAUGUUUUUUACAGGUUAUUGUAGAAGUUAAAUUUAAAAAAGAAAAAAACUUAUUUGUUUUUUGUUUUGAUUUUGAUUUUCUGACAGUGUGACGGUGUUUUAAAAAAGAGCUUGGGGUCGGUUUUGACCUUCGCCUUACUCAUCAACAUUGGGUAAUCUUUAAACACUAUCAUUACAACAAAAUCAUUCAUGUACUUACAUAAAGGAAAUACAAAUUAGUUGCAAGUUCUAUGAAAUAAAGAUGAACAUUGAAAAUUAAAUUUGGAUCCUUUUUGUAGACGAUCAGAAGACGGAAAAGUCAGAGCAGAGGUGGAACUAAAUUUCAACGAAACAGCAACAUCAGAUGAGAUUCCACAGCCUGAUGCUGUUGUUAACAUCCUAGUAGAAGCUGCAGACAACAGCAGCACCAACUUCAACAUCAGUAUUGACAAAGAAAACAUUGAAGUUCGAGGUGAGAAUAAAUUUUGUGCUUGAAAAUAAAAUUUUCUCCCUCAGAAAUCGGUUCCAAGAAAAGCCAAAACUAAUACCAAACCAUUUGUUUAUGAAAAAAAAGUGCCUCAAGAGACAAGAACAACUGCACCAUCAUCAAAUGACACCACUGCAGCUCCUGCACCAGCUGUGCUUCUUUCAGUGACCCUGAACCGGACAUUUACGGAAGAACUGAGGCAACCCAGCAGUGCGCUAUACAGAGAUGUCGCGGAACAACUCGAGACGGAAGUGCGUACAACUUCAAUUCUUUUCUACCGUUUGACCCUCCUCCCACGUAAUCUUGCCCUCUGCUGUGUUUUUACUUCUCGAGCCAAUAUUCCUGCCUAACCUUGGUCGUUUGUGUGUUCUCGCUCACAGUGCGACACCAUUCUGCUUGCGGAGUAUGCAGAGACUUUCGUCCGGACCACUGUCCUGGCUUUGAAGUAAGCUUGGGAGGCUUCCCGGUCUCAGACAUAGGCUACAGCACCUGGUCACCAGGAAACCAUCUUUAGGGCCACAGCCAGAUGGAUUCCAGUGUUUAUUUUUGUCUGCGUGACUGAGCCCAUGCUUUGUUAACUACUCUUAAAAGGAGCAAAACCAUUGCAAAUGGAAAACCUGUUCAUCCCACUGAGCUAUGUGUUUUUUUCUUGUUUUUUUUCAAUGCAUAGUCCCGGCCCGGAGAACGAGGUCAGGGCAGAGCUGAGCCUGCUAUUCAGCUCCGUGGCAGCACAAGAUGAGCUUCCAGCGGCAGAUGAGGUUGUGGCGACUUUACAAGAGGCUGCGCAAAACGGCACCUUCAACAUAUCCCUUGUCCGUGGGUCCAUCACUGUCCUUGGUAAGGAAACAUUUCGUACAAGCAUCUACGCUUUUUGCCCCAGCGGCUGUCUGUUGGGGGACAGAGCACCUACUCAUGCUAACUUUUUGUCAUCCCUCACGCAACGCCCGCAGGUUCAACACUUGGUGACUUAACCACCACUGCAGCUCCUGCACCAGCUGUGCUUCUUUCAGUGACCCUGAACCGGACAUUUACGGAAGAACUGAGGCAACCCAGCAGUGCGCUAUACAGAGAUGUCGCGGAACAACUCGAGACGGAAGUGCGUACAACUUCAAUUCUUUUCUACCGUUUGACCCUCCUCCCACGUAAUCUUGCCCUCUGCUGUGUUUUACUUCUCGAGCCAAUAUUCCUGCCUAACCUUGGUCGUUUGUGUGUUCUCGCUCACAGUGCGACACCAUUCUGCUUGGGGAGUAUGCAGAGACUUUCGUCCGGACCACUGUCCUGGCUUUGAAGUAAGCUUGGGAGGCUUCCCGGUCUCAGACAUAGGCUACAGCACCUGGUCACCAGGAAACCAUCUUUAGGGCCACAGCCAGAUGGAUUCCAGUGUUUAUUUUUGUCUGCGUGACUGAGCCCAUGCUUUGUUAACUACUCUUAAAAGGAGCAAAACCAUUGCAAAUGGAAAACCUGUUCAUCCCACUGAGCUAUGUGUUUUUUUCUUGUUUUUUUUCAAUGCAUAGUCCCGGCCCGGAGAACGAGGUCAGGGCAGAGCUGAGCCUGCUAUUCAGCUCCGUGGCAGCACAAGAUGAGCUUCCAGCGGCAGAUGAGGUUGUGGCGACUUUACAAGAGGCUGCGCAAAACGGCACCUUCAACAUAUCCCUUGUCCGUGGGUCCAUCACUGUCCUUGGUAAGGAAACAUUUCGUACAAGCAUCUACGCUUUUUGCCCCAGCGGCUGUCUGUUGGGGGACAGAGCACCUACUCAUGCUAACUUUUUGUCAUCCCUCACGCAACGCCCGCAGGUUCAACACUUGGUGACUUAACCACCACUGCAGCUCCUGCACCAGCUGUGCUUCUAUCAGUGACCCUGAACCGGACAUUUACGGAAGAACUGAGGCAACCCAGCAGUGCGCUAUACAGAGAUGUCGCGGAACAACUCGAGACGGAAGUGCGUACAACUUCAAUUCUUUUCUACCGUUUGACCCUCCUCCCACGUAAUCUUGCCCUCUGCUGUGUUUUUACUUCUCGAGCCAAUAUUCCUGCCUAACCUUGGUCGUUUGUGUGUUCUCGCUCACAGUGCGACACCAUUCUGCUUGCGAUGUAUGCAGAGACUUUCGUCCGGACCACUGUCCUGGCUUUGAAGUAAGCUUGGGAGGCUUCCCGGUCUCAGACAUAGGCUACAGCACCUGGUCACCAGGAAACCAUCUUUAGGGCCACAGCCAGAUGGAUUCCAGUGUUUAUUUUUGUCUGCGUGACUGAGCCCAUGCUUUGUUAACUACUCUUAAAAGGAGCAAAACCAUUGCAAAUGGAAAACCUGUUCAUCCCACUGAGCUAUGUGUUUUUUUCUUGUUUUUUUUCAAUGCAUAGUCCCGGCCCGGAGAACGAGGUCAGGGCAGAGCUGAGCCUGCUAUUCAGCUCCGUGGCAGCACAAGAUGAGCUUCCAGCGGCAGAUGAGGUUGUGGCGACUUUACAAGAGGCUGCGCAAAACGGCACCUUCAACAUAUCCCUUGUCCGUGGGUCCAUCACUGUCCUUGGUAAGGAAACAUUUCGUACAAGCAUCUACGCUUUUUGCCCCAGCGGCUGUCUGUUGGGGGACAGAGCACCUACUCAUGCUAACUUUUUGUCAUCCCUCACGCAACGCCCGCAGGUUCAACACUUGGUGACUUAACCACCACUGCAGCUCCUGCACCAGCUGUGCUUCUAUCAGUGACCCUGAACCGGACAUUUACGGAAGAACUGAGGCAACCCAGCAGUGCGCUAUACAGAGAUGUCGCGGAACAACUCGAGACGGAAGUGCGUACAACUUCAAUUCUUUUCUACCGUUUGACCCUCCUCCCACGUAAUCUUGCCCUCUGCUGUGUUUUUACUUCUCGAGCCAAUAUUCCUGCCUAACCUUGGUCGUUUGUGUGUUCUCGCUCACAGUGCGACACCAUUCUGCUUGCGGAGUAUGCAGAGACUUUCGUCCGGACCACUGUCCUGGCUUUGAAGUAAGCUUGGGAGGCUUCCCGUUCUCAGACAUAGGCUACAGCACCUGGUCACCAGGAAACCAUCUUUAGGGCCACAGCCAGAUGGAUUCCAGUGUUUAUUUUUGUCUGCGUGACUGAGCCCAUGCUUUGUUAACUACUCUUAAAAGGAGCAAAACCAUUGGAAAUGGAAAACCUGUUCAUCCCACUGAGCUAUGUGUUUUUUUCUUGUUUUUUUUCAAUGCAUAGUCCCGGCCCGGAGAACGAGGUCAGGGCAGAGCUGAGCCUGCUAUUCAGCUCCGUGGCAGCACAAGAUGAGCUUCCAGCGGCAGAUGAGGUUGUGGCGACUUUACAAGAGGCUGCGCAAAACGGCACCUUCAACAUAUCCCUUGUCCGUGGGUCCAUCACUGUCCUUGGUAAGGAAACAUUUCGUACAAGCAUCUACGCUUUUUGCCCCAGCGGCUGUCUGUUGGGGGACAGAGCACCUACUCAUGCUAACUUUUUGUCAUCCCUCACGCAACGCCCGCAGGUUCAACACUUGGUGACUUAACCACCACUGCAGCUCCUGCACCAGCUGUGCUUCUAUCAGUGACCCUGAACCGGACAUUUACGGAAGAACUGAGGCAACCCAGCAGUGCGCUAUACAGAGAUGUCGCGGAACAACUCGAGACGGAAGUGCGUACAACUUCAAUUCUUUUCUACCGUUUGACCCUCCUCCCACGUAAUCUUGCCCUCUGCUGUGUUUUUACUUCUCGAGCCAAUAUUCCUGCCUAACCUUGGUCGUUUGUGUGUUCUCGCUCACAGUGCGACACCAUUCUGCUUGCGGAGUAUGCAGAGACUUUCGUCCGGACCACUGUCCUGGCUUUGAAGUAAGCUUGGGAGGCUUCCCGUUCUCAGACAUAGGCUACAGCACCUGGUCACCAGGAAACCAUCUUUAGGGCCACAGCCAGAUGGAUUCCAGUGUUUAUUUUUGUCUGCGUGACUGAGCCCAUGCUUUGUUAACUACUCUUAAAAGGAGCAAAACCAUUGGAAAUGGAAAACCUGUUCAUCCCACUGAGCUAUGUGUUUUUUUCUUGUUUUUUUUCAAUGCAUAGUCCCGGCCCGGAGAACGAGGUCAGGGCAGAGCUGAGCCUGCUAUUCAGCUCCGUGGCAGCACAAGAUGAGCUUCCAGCGGCAGAUGAGGUUGUGGCGACUUUACAAGAGGCUGCGCAAAACGGCACCUUCAACAUAUCCCUUGUCCGUGGGUCCAUCACUGUCCUUGGUAAGGAAACAUUUCGUACAAGCAUCUACGCUUUUUGCCCCAGCGGCUGUCUGUUGGGGGACAGAGCACCUACUCAUGCUAACUUUUUGUCAUCCCUCACGCAACGCCCGCAGGUUCAACACUUGGUGACUUAACCACCACUGCAGCUCCUGCACCAGCUGUGCUUCUAUCAGUGACCCUGAACCGGACAUUUACGGAAGAACUGAGGCAACCCAGCAGUGCGCUAUACAGAGAUGUCGCGGAACAACUCGAGACGGAAGUGCGUGCAACUUCAAUUCUUUUCUACCGUUUGACCCUCCUCCCACGUAAUCUUGCCCUCUGCUGUGUUUUACUUCUCGAGCCAAUAUUCCUGCCUAACCUUGGUCGUUUGUGUGUUCUCGCUCACAGUGCGACACCAUUCUGCUUGGGGAGUAUGCAGAGACUUUCGUCCGGACCACUGUCCUGGCUUUGAAGUAAGCUUGGGAGGCUUCCCGGUCUCAGACAUAGGCUACAGCACCUGGUCACCAGUAAACCAUCUUUAGGGCCACAGCCAGAUGGAUUCCAGUGUUUAUUUUUGUCUGCGUGACUGAGCCCAUGCUUUGUUAACUACUCUUAAAAGGAGCAAAACCAUUGCAAAUGGAAAACCUGUUCAUCCCACUGAGCUAUGUGUUUUUUUCUUGUUUUUUUUCAAUGCAUAGUCCCGGCCCGGAGAACGAGGUCAGGGCAGAGCUGAGCCUGCUAUUCAGCUCCGUGGCAGCACAAGAUGAGCUUCCAGCGGCAGAUGAGGUUGUGGCGACUUUACAAGAGGCUGCGCAAAACGGCACUUUCAACAUAUCCCUUGUCCGUGGGUCCAUCACUGUCCUUGGUAAGGAAACAUUUCGUACAAGCAUCUACGCUUUUUGCCCCAGCGGCUGUCUGUUGGGGGACAGAGCACCUACUCAUGCUAACUUUUUGUCAUCCCUCACGCAACGCCCGCAGGUUCAACACUUGGUGACUUAACCACCACUGCAGCUCCUGCACCAGCUGUGCUUCUUCAGUGACCCUGAACCGGACAUUUACGGAAGAACUGAGGCAACCCAGCAGUGCGCUAUACAGAGAUGUCGCGGAACAACUCGAGAUGGAAGUGCGUACAACUUCAAUUCUUUUCUACCGUUUGACCCUCCUCCCACGUAAUCUUGCCCUCUGCUGUGUUUUUACUUCUCGAGCCAAUAUUCCUGCCUAACCUUGGUCGUUUGUGUGUUCUCGCUCACAGUGCGACACCAUUCUGCUUGCGGAGUAUGCAGAGACUUUCGUCCGGACCACUGUCCUGGCUUUGAAGUAAGCUUGGGAGGCUUCCCGGUCUCAGACAUAGGCUACAGCACCUGGUCACCAGGAAACCAUCUUUAGGGCCACAGCCAGAUGGAUUCCAGUGUUUAUUUUUGUCUGCGUGACUGAGCCCAUGCUUUGUUAACUACUCUUAAAAGGAGCAAAACCAUUGCAAAUGGAAAACCUGUUCAUCCCACUGAGCUAUGUGUUUUUUUCUUGUUUUUUUUCAAUGCAUAGUCCCGGCCCGGAGAACGAGGUCAGGGCAGAGCUGAGCCUGCUAUUCAGCUCCGUGGCAGCACAAGAUGAGCUUCCAGCGGCAGAUGAGGUUGUGGCGACUUUACAAGAGGCUGCGCAAAACGGCACCUUCAACAUAUCCCUUGUCCGUGGGUCCAUCACUGUCCUUGGUAAGGAAACAUUUCGUACAAGCAUCUACGCUUUUUGCCCCAGCGGCUGUCUGUUGGGGGACAGAGCACCUACUCAUGCUAACUUUUUGUCAUCCCUCACGCAACGCCCGCAGGUUCAACACUUGGUGACUUAACCACCACUGCAGCUCCUGCACCAGCUGUGCUUCUAUCAGUGACCCUGAACCGGACAUUUACGGAAGAACUGAGGCAACCCAGCAGUGCGCUAUACAGAGAUGUCGCGGAACAACUCGAGACGGAAGUGCGUACAGCUUCAAUACUUUUCUACCGUUUGACCCUCCUCCCACGUAAUCUUGCCCUCUGCUGUGUUUUUACUUCUCGAGCCAAUAUUCCUGCCUAACCUUGGUCGUUUGUGUGUUCUCGCUCACAGUGCGACACCAUUCUGCUUGCGGAGUAUGCAGAGACUUUCGUCCGGACCACUGUCCUGGCUUUGAAGUAAGCUUGGGAGGCUUCCCGGUCUCAGACAUAGGCUACAGCACCUGGUCACCAGGAAACCAUCUUUAGGGCCACAGCCAGAUGGAUUCCAGUGUUUAUUUUUGUCUGCAUGACUGAGCCCAUGCUUUGUUAACUACUCUUAAAAGGAGCAAAACCAUUGCAAAUGGAAAACCUGUUCAUCCCACUGAGCUAUGUGUUUUUUUUUUUCUUGUUUUUUUUCAAUGCAUAGUCCCGGCCCGGAGAACGAGGUCAGGGCAGAGCUGAGCCUGCUAUUCAGCUCCGUGGCAGCACAAGAUGAGCUUCCAGCGGCAGAUGAGGUUGUGGCGACUUUACAAGAGGCUGCGCAAAACGGCACCUUCAACAUAUCCCUUGUCCGUGGGUCCAUCACUGUCCUUGGUAAGGAAACAUUUCGUACAAGCAUCUACGCUUUUUGCCCCAGCGGCUGUCUGUUGGGGGACAGAGCACCUACUCAUGCUAACUUUUUGUCAUCCCUCACGCAACGCCCGCAGGUUCAACACUUGGUGACUUAACCACCACUGCAGCUCCUGCACCAGCUGUGCUUCUAUCAGUGACCCUGAACCGGACAUUUACGGAAGAACUGAGGCAACCCAGCAGUGCGCUAUACAGAGAUGUCGCGGAACAACUCGAGACGGAAGUGCGUACAACUUCAAUUCUUUUCUACCGUUUGACCCUCCUCCCACGUAAUCUUGCCCUCUGCUGUGUUUUACUUCUCGAGCCAAUAUUCCUGCCUAACCUUGGUCGUUUGUGUGUUCUCGCUCACAGUGCGACACCAUUCUGCUUGCGGAGUAUGCAGAGACUUUCGUCCGGACCACUGUCCUGGCUUUGAAGUAAGCUUGGGAGGCUUCCCGUUCUCAGACAUAGGCUACAGCACCUGGUCACCAGUAAACCAUCUUUAGGGCCACAGCCAGAUGGAUUCCAGUGUUUAUUUUUGUCUGCGUGACUGAGCCCAUGCUUUGUUAACUACUCUUAAAAGGAGCAAAACCAUUGGAAAUGGAAAACCUGUUCAUCCCACUGAGCUAUGUGUUUUUUUCUUGUUUUUUUUCAAUGCAUAGUCCCGGCCCGGAGAACGAGGUCAGGGCAGAGCUGAGCCUGCUAUUCAGCUCCGUGGCAGCACAAGAUGAGCUUCCAGCGGCAGAUGAGGUUGUGGCGACUUUACAAGAGGCUGCGCAAAACGGCACCUUCAACAUAUCCCUUGUCCGUGGGUCCAUCACUGUCCUUGGUAAGGAAACAUUUCGUACAAGCAUCUACGCUUUUUGCCCCAGCGGCUGUCAGUUGGGGGACAGAGCACCUACUCAUGCUAACUUUUUGUCAUCCCUUCGUAACGCCCGCAGGUUCAACACUUGGUGACUUAACCACCACUGCAGCUCCUGCACCAGCUGUGCUUCUUUCAGUGACCCUGAACCGGACAUUUACGGAAGAACUGAGGCAACCCAGCAGUGCGCUAUACAGAGAUGUCGCGGAACAACUCGAGACGGAAGUGCGUACAACUUCAAUUCUUUUCUACCGUUUGACCCUCCUCCCACGUAAUCUUGCCCUCUGCUGUGUUUUUACUUCUCGAGCCAAUAUUCCUGCCUAACCUUGGUCGUUUGUGUGUUCUCGCUCACAGUGCGACACCAUUCUGCUUGCGGAGUAUGCAGAGACUUUCGUCCGGACCACUGUCCUGGCUUUGAAGUAAGCUUGGGAGGCUUCCCGGUCUCAGACAUAGGCUACAGCACCUGGUCACCAGGAAACCAUCUUUAGGGCCACAGCCAGAUGGAUUCCAGUGUUUAUUUUUGUCUGCGUGACUGAGCCCAUGCUUUGUUAACUACUCUUAAAAGGAGCAAAACCAUUGGAAAUGGAAAACCUGUUCAUCCCACUGAGCUAUGUGUUUUUUUCUUGUUUUUUUUCAAUGCAUAGUCCCGGCCCGGAGAACGAGGUCAGGGCAGAGCUGAGCCUGCUAUUCAGCUCCGUGGCAGCACAAGAUGAGCUUCCAGCGGCAGAUGAGGUUGUGGCGACUUUACAAGAGGCUGCGCAAAACGGCACCUUCAACAUAUCCCUUGUCCGUGGGUCCAUCACUGUCCUUGGUAAGGAAACAUUUCGUACAAGCAUCUACGCUUUUUGCCCCAGCGGCUGUCAGUUGGGGGACAGAGCACCUACUCAUGCUAACUUUUUGUCAUCCCUCACGUAACGCCCGCAGGUUCAACACUUGGUGACUUAACCACCACUGCAGCUCCUGCACCAGCUGUGCUUCUUUCAGUGACCCUGAACCGGACAUUUACGGAAGAACUGAGGCAACCCAGCAGUGCGCUAUACAGAGAUGUCGCGGAACAACUCGAGACGGAAGUGCGUACAACUUCAAUACUUUUCUACCGUUUGACCCUCCUCCCACGUAAUCUUGCCCUCUGCUGUGUUUUUACUUCUCGAGCCAAUAUUCCUGCCUAACCUUGGUCGUUUGUGUGUUCUCGCUCACAGUGCGACACCAUUCUGCUUGCGGAGUAUGCAGAGACUUUCGUCCGGACCACUGUCCUGGCUUUGAAGUAAGCUUGGGAGGCUUCCCGGUCUCAGACAUAGGCUACAGCACCUGGUCACCAGGAAACCAUCUUUAGGGCCACAGCCAGAUGGAUUCCAGUGUUUAUUUUUGUCUGCGUGACUGAGCCCAUGCUUUGUUAACUACUCUUAAAAGGAGCAAAACCAUUGCAAAUGGAAAACCUGUUCAUCCCACUGAGCUAUGUGUUUUUUUCUUGUUUUUUUUCAAUGCAUAGUCCCGGCCCGGAGAACGAGGUCAGGGCAGAGCUGAGCCUGCUAUUCAGCUCCGUGGCAGCACAAGAUGAGCUUCCAGCGGCAGAUGAGGUUGUGGCGACUUUACAAGAGGCUGCGCAAAACGGCACCUUCAACAUAUCCCUUGUCCGUGGGUCCAUCACUGUCCUUGGUAAGGAAACAUUUCGUACAAGCAUCUACGCUUUUUGCCCCAGCGGCUGUCUGUUGGGGGACAGAGCACCUACUCAUGCUAACUUUUUGUCAUCCCUCACGCAACGCCCGCAGGUUCAACACUUGGUGACUUAACCACCACUGCAGCUCCUGCACCAGCUGUGCUUCUAUCAGUGACCCUGAACCGGACAUUUACGGAAGAACUGAGGCAACCCAGCAGUGCGCUAUACAGAGAUGUCGCGGAACAACUCGAGACGGAAGUGCGUACAACUUCAAUUCUUUUCUACCGUUUGACCCUCCUCCCACGUAAUCUUGCCCUCUGCUGUGUUUUACUUCUCGAGCCAAUAUUCCUGCCUAACCUUGGUCGUUUGUGUGUUCUCGCUCACAGUGCGACACCAUUCUGCUUGGGGAGUAUGCAGAGACUUUCGUCCGGACCACUGUCCUGGCUUUGAAGUAAGCUUGGGAGGCUUCCCGGUCUCAGACAUAGGCUACAGCACCUGGUCACCAGGAAACCAUCUUUAGGGCCACAGCCAGAUGGAUUCCAGUGUUUAUUUUUGUCUGCAUGACUGAGCCCAUGCUUUGUUAACUACUCUUAAAAGGAGCAAAACCAUUGCAAAUGGAAAACCUGUUCAUCCCACUGAGCUAUGUGUUUUUUUCUUGUUUUUUUUCAAUGCAUAGUCCCGGCCCGGAGAACGAGGUCAGGGCAGAGCUGAGCCUGCUAUUCAGCUCCGUGGCAGCACAAGAUGAGCUUCCAGCGGCAGAUGAGGUUGUGGCGACUUUACAAGAGGCUGCGCAAAACGGCACCUUCAACAUAUCCCUUGUCCGUGGGUCCAUCACUGUCCUUGGUAAGGAAACAUUUCGUACAAGCAUCUACGCUUUUUGCCCCAGCGGCUGUCUGUUGGGGGACAGAGCACCUACUCAUGCUAACUUUUUGUCAUCCCUCACGCAACGCCCGCAGGUUCAACACUUGGUGACUUAACCACCACUGCAGCUCCUGCACCAGCUGUGCUUCUAUCAGUGACCCUGAACCGGACAUUUACGGAAGAACUGAGGCAACCCAGCAGUGCGCUAUACAGAGAUGUCGCGGAACAACUCGAGACGGAAGUGCGUACAACUUCAAUUCUUUUCUACCGUUUGACCCUCCUCCCACGUAAUCUUGCCCUCUGCUGUGUUUUACUUCUCGAGCCAAUAUUCCUGCCUAACCUUGGUCGUUUGUGUGUUCUCGCUCACAGUGCGACACCAUUCUGCUUGGGGAGUAUGCAGAGACUUUCGUCCGGACCACUGUCCUGGCUUUGAAGUAAGCUUGGGAGGCUUCCCGGUCUCAGACAUAGGCUACAGCACCUGGUCACCAGGAAACCAUCUUUAGGGCCACAGCCAGAUGGAUUCCAGUGUUUAUUUUUGUCUGCGUGACUGAGCCCAUGCUUUGUUAACUACUCUUAAAAGGAGCAAAACCAUUGCAAAUGGAAAACCUGUUCAUCCCACUGAGCUAUGUGUUUUUUUCUUGUUUUUUUUCAAUGCAUAGUCCCGGCCCGGAGAACGAGGUCAGGGCAGAGCUGAGCCUGCUAUUCAGCUCCGUGGCAGCACAAGAUGAGCUUCCAGCGGCAGAUGAGGUUGUGGCGACUUUACAAGAGGCUGCGCAAAACGGCACCUUCAACAUAUCCCUUGUCCGUGGGUCCAUCACUGUCCUUGGUAAGGAAACAUUUCGUACAAGCAUCUACGCUUUUUGCCCCAGCGGCUGUCUGUUGGGGGACAGAGCACCUACUCAUGCUAACUUUUUGUCAUCCCUCACGCAACGCCCGCAGGUUCAACACUUGGUGACUUAACCACCACUGCAGCUCCUGCACCAGCUGUGCUUCUAUCAGUGACCCUGAACCGGACAUUUACGGAAGAACUGAGGCAACCCAGCAGUGCGCUAUACAGAGAUGUCGCGGAACAACUCGAGACGGAAGUGCGUACAACUUCAAUUCUUUUCUACCGUUUGACCCUCCUCCCACGUAAUCUUGCCCUCUGCUGUGUUUUUACUUCUCGAGCCAAUAUUCCUGCCUAACCUUGGUCGUUUGUGUGUUCUCGCUCACAGUGCGACACCAUUCUGCUUGCGGAGUAUGCAGAGACUUUCGUCCGGACCACUGUCCUGGCUUUGAAGUAAGCUUGGGAGGCUUCCCGUUCUCAGACAUAGGCUACAGCACCUGGUCACCAGUAAACCAUCUUUAGGGCCACAGCCAGAUGGAUUCCAGUGUUUAUUUUUGUCUGCGUGACUGAGCCCAUGCUUUGUUAACUACUCUUAAAAGGAGCAAAACCAUUGGAAAUGGAAAACCUGUUCAUCCCACUGAGCUAUGUGUUUUUUUCUUGUUUUUUUUCAAUGCAUAGUCCCGGCCCGGAGAACGAGGUCAGGGCAGAGCUGAGCCUGCUAUUCAGCUCCGUGGCAGCACAAGAUGAGCUUCCAGCGGCAGAUGAGGUUGUGGCGACUUUACAAGAGGCUGCGCAAAACGGCACCUUCAACAUAUCCCUUGUCCGUGGGUCCAUCACUGUCCUUGGUAAGGAAACAUUUCGUACAAGCAUCUACGCUUUUUGCCCCAGCGGCUGUCAGUUGGGGGACAGAGCACCUACUCAUGCUAACUUUUUGUCAUCCCUUCGUAACGCCCGCAGGUUCAACACUUGGUGACUUAACCACCACUGCAGCUCCUGCACCAGCUGUGCUUCUUUCAGUGACCCUGAACCGGACAUUUACGGAAGAACUGAGGCAACCCAGCAGUGCGCUAUACAGAGAUGUCGCGGAACAACUCGAGACGGAAGUGCGUACAACUUCAAUUCUUUUCUACCGUUUGACCCUCCUCCCACGUAAUCUUGCCCUCUGCUGUGUUUUUACUUCUCGAGCCAAUAUUCCUGCCUAACCUUGGUCGUUUGUGUGUUCUCGCUCACAGUGCGACACCAUUCUGCUUGCGGAGUAUGCAGAGACUUUCGUCCGGACCACUGUCCUGGCUUUGAAGUAAGCUUGGGAGGCUUCCCGGUCUCAGACAUAGGCUACAGCACCUGGUCACCAGGAAACCAUCUUUAGGGCCACAGCCAGAUGGAUUCCAGUGUUUAUUUUUGUCUGCGUGACUGAGCCCAUGCUUUGUUAACUACUCUUAAAAGGAGCAAAACCAUUGCAAAUGGAAAACCUGUUCAUCCCACUGAGCUAUGUGUUUUUUUCUUGUUUUUUUUCAAUGCAUAGUCCCGGCCCGGAGAACGAGGUCAGGGCAGAGCUGAGCCUGCUAUUCAGCUCCGUGGCAGCACAAGAUGAGCUUCCAGCGGCAGAUGAGGUUGUGGCGACUUUACAAGAGGCUGCGCAAAACGGCACCUUCAACAUAUCCCUUGUCCGUGGGUCCAUCACUGUCCUUGGUAAGGAAACAUUUCGUACAAGCAUCUACGCUUUUUGCCCCAGCGGCUGUCUGUUGGGGGACAGAGCACCUACUCAUGCUAACUUUUUGUCAUCCCUCACGCAACGCCCGCAGGUUCAACACUUGGUGACUUAACCACCACUGCAGCUCCUGCACCAGCUGUGCUUCUUUCAGUGACCCUGAACCGGACAUUUACGGAAGAACUGAGGCAACCCAGCAGUGCGCUAUACAGAGAUGUCGCGGAACAACUCGAGAUGGAAGUGCGUACAACUUCAAUUCUUUUCUACCGUUUGACCCUCCUCCCACGUAAUCUUGCCCUCUGCUGUGUUUUUACUUCUCGAGCCAAUAUUCCUGCCUAACCUUGGUCGUUUGUGUGUUCUCGCUCACAGUGCGACACCAUUCUGCUUGCGGAGUAUGCAGAGACUUUCGUCCGGACCACUGUCCUGGCUUUGAAGUAAGCUUGGGAGGCUUCCCGGUCUCAGACAUAGGCUACAGCACCUGGUCACCAGGAAACCAUCUUUAGGGCCACAGCCAGAUGGAUUCCAGUGUUUAUUUUUGUCUGCGUGACUGAGCCCAUGCUUUGUUAACUACUCUUAAAAGGAGCAAAACCAUUGCAAAUGGAAAACCUGUUCAUCCCACUGAGCUAUGUGUUUUUUUCUUGUUUUUUUUCAAUGCAUAGUCCCGGCCCGGAGAACGAGGUCAGGGCAGAGCUGAGCCUGCUAUUCAGCUCCGUGGCAGCACAAGAUGAGCUUCCAGCGGCAGAUGAGGUUGUGGCGACUUUACAAGAGGCUGUGCAAAACGGCACCUUCAACAUAUCCCUUGUCCGUGGGUCCAUCACUGUCCUUGGUAAGGAAACAUUUCGUACAAGCAUCUACGCUUUUUGCCCCAGCGGCUGUCUGUUGGGGGACAGAGCACCUACUCAUGCUAACUUUUUGUCAUCCCUCACGCAACGCCCGCAGGUUCAACACUUGGUGACUUAACCACCACUGCAGCUCCUGCACCAGCUGUGCUUCUUUCAGUGACCCUGAACCGGACAUUUACGGAAGAACUGAGGCAACCCAGCAGUGCGCUAUACAGAGAUGUCGCGGAACAACUCGAGAUGGAAGUGCGUACAACUUCAAUUCUUUUCUACCGUUUGACCCUCCUCCCACGUAAUCUUGCCCUCUGCUGUGUUUUUACUUCUCGAGCCAAUAUUCCUGCCUAACCUUGGUCGUUUGUGUGUUCUCGCUCACAGUGCGACACCAUUCUGCUUGGGGAGUAUGCAGAGACUUUCGUCCGGACCACUGUCCUGGCUUUGAAGUAAGCUUGGGAGGCUUCCCGGUCUCAGACAUAGGCUACAGCACCUGGUCACCAGGAAACCAUCUUUAGGGCCACAGCCAGAUGGAUUCCAGUGUUUAUUUUUGUCUGCGUGACUGAGCCCAUGCUUUGUUAACUACUCUUAAAAGGAGCAAAACCAUUGCAAAUGGAAAACCUGUUCAUCCCACUGAGCUAUGUGUUUUUUUCUUGUUUUUUUUCAAUGCAUAGUCCCGGCCCGGAGAACGAGGUCAGGGCAGAGCUGAGCCUGCUAUUCAGCUCCGUGGCAGCACAAGAUGAGCUUCCAGCGGCAGAUGAGGUUGUGGCGACUUUACAAGAGGCUGCGCAAAACGGCACCUUCAACAUAUCCCUUGUCCGUGGGUCCAUCACUGUCCUUGGUAAGGAAACAUUUCGUACAAGCAUCUACGCUUUUUGCCCCAGCGGCUGUCUGUUGGGGGACAGAGCACCUACUCAUGCUAACUUUUUGUCAUCCCUCACGCAACGCCCGCAGGUUCAACACUUGGUGACUUAACCACCACUGCAGCUCCUGCACCAGCUGUGCUUCUAUCAGUGACCCUGAACCGGACAUUUACGGAAGAACUGAGGCAACCCAGCAGUGCGCUAUACAGAGAUGUCGCGGAACAACUCGAGACGGAAGUGCGUACAGCUUCAAUACUUUUCUACCGUUUGACCCUCCUCCCACGUAAUCUUGCCCUCUGCUGUGUUUUUACUUCUCGAGCCAAUAUUCCUGCCUAACCUUGGUCGUUUGUGUGUUCUCGCUCACAGUGCGACACCAUUCUGCUUGGGGAGUAUGCAGAGACUUUCGUCCGGACCACUGUCCUGGCUUUGAAGUAAGCUUGGGAGGCUUCCCGGUCUCAGACAUAGGCUACAGCACCUGGUCACCAGGAAACCAUCUUUAGGGCCACAGCCAGAUGGAUUCCAGUGUUUAUUUUUGUCUGCGUGACUGAGCCCAUGCUUUGUUAACUACUCUUAAAAGGAGCAAAACCAUUGCAAAUGGAAAACCUGUUCAUCCCACUGAGCUAUGUGUUUUUUUCUUGUUUUUUUUCAAUGCAUAGUCCCGGCCCGGAGAACGAGGUCAGGGCAGAGCUGAGCCUGCUAUUCAGCUCCGUGGCAGCACAAGAUGAGCUUCCAGCGGCAGAUGAGGUUGUGGCGACUUUACAAGAGGCUGCGCAAAACGGCACCUUCAACAUAUCCCUUGUCCGUGGGUCCAUCACUGUCCUUGGUAAGGAAACAUUUCGUACAAGCAUCUACGCUUUUUGCCCCAGCGGCUGUCUGUUGGGGGACAGAGCACCUACUCAUGCUAACUUUUUGUCAUCCCUCACGCAACGCCCGCAGGUUCAACACUUGGUGACUUAACCACCACUGCAGCUCCUGCACCAGCUGUGCUUCUAUCAGUGACCCUGAACCGGACAUUUACGGAAGAACUGAGGCAACCCAGCAGUGCGCUAUACAGAGAUGUCGCGGAACAACUCGAGACGGAAGUGCGUACAGCUUCAAUACUUUUCUACCGUUUGACCCUCCUCCCACGUAAUCUUGCCCUCUGCUGUGUUUUUACUUCUCGAGCCAAUAUUCCUGCCUAACCUUGGUCGUUUGUGUGUUCUCGCUCACAGUGCGACACCAUUCUGCUUGGGGAGUAUGCAGAGACUUUCGUCCGGACCACUGUCCUGGCUUUGAAGUAAGCUUGGGAGGCUUCCCGGUCUCAGACAUAGGCUACAGCACCUGGUCACCAGGAAACCAUCUUUAGGGCCACAGCCAGAUGGAUUCCAGUGUUUAUUUUUGUCUGCGUGACUGAGCCCAUGCUUUGUUAACUACUCUUAAAAGGAGCAAAACCAUUGCAAAUGGAAAACCUGUUCAUCCCACUGAGCUAUGUGUUUUUUUCUUGUUUUUUUUUCAAUGCAUAGUCCCGGCCCGGAGAACGAGGUCAGGGCAGAGCUGAGCCUGCUAUUCAGCUCCGUGGCAGCACAAGAUGAGCUUCCAGCGGCAGAUGAGGUUGUGGCGACUUUACAAGAGGCUGCGCAAAACGGCACCUUCAACAUAUCCCUUGUCCGUGGGUCCAUCACUGUCCUUGGUAAGGAAACAUUUCGUACAAGCAUCUACGCUUUUUGCCCCAGCGGCUGUCUGUUGGGGGACAGAGCACCUACUCAUGCUAACUUUUUGUCAUCCCUCACGCAACGCCCGCAGGUUCAACACUUGGUGACUUAACCACCACUGCAGCUCCUGCACCAGCUGUGCUUCUAUCAGUGACCCUGAACCGGACAUUUACGGAAGAACUGAGGCAACCCAGCAGUGCGCUAUACAGAGAUGUCGCGGAACAACUCGAGACGGAAGUGCGUACAACUUCAAUUCUUUUCUACCGUUUGACCCUCCUCCCACGUAAUCUUGCCCUCUGCUGUGUUUUACUUCUCGAGCCAAUAUUCCUGCCUAACCUUGGUCGUUUGUGUGUUCUCGCUCACAGUGCGACACCAUUCUGCUUGGGGAGUAUGCAGAGACUUUCGUCCGGACCACUGUCCUGGCUUUGAAGUAAGCUUGGGAGGCUUCCCGGUCUCAGACAUAGGCUACAGCACCUGGUCACCAGGAAACCAUCUUUAGGGCCACAGCCAGAUGGAUUCCAGUGUUUAUUUUUGUCUGCGUGACUGAGCCCAUGCUUUGUUAACUACUCUUAAAAGGAGCAAAACCAUUGCAAAUGGAAAACCUGUUCAUCCCACUGAGCUAUGUGUUUUUUUCUUGUUUUUUUUCAAUGCAUAGUCCCGGCCCGGAGAACGAGGUCAGGGCAGAGUUGAGCCUGCUAUUCAGCUCCGUGGCAGCACAAGAUGAGCUUCCAGCGGCAGAUGAGGUUGUGGCGACUUUACAAGAGGCUGCGCAAAACGGCACCUUCAACAUAUCCCUUGUCCGUGGGUCCAUCACUGUCCUUGGUAAGGAAACAUUUCGUACAAGCAUCUACGCUUUUUGCCCCAGCGGCUGUCUGUUGGGGGACAGAGCACCUACUCAUGCUAACUUUUUGUCAUCCCUCACGCAACGCCCGCAGGUUCAACACUUGGUGACUUAACCACCACUGCAGCUCCUGCACCAGCUGUGCUUCUAUCAGUGACCCUGAACCGGACAUUUACGGAAGAACUGAGGCAACCCAGCAGUGCGCUAUACAGAGAUGUCGCGGAACAACUCGAGAUGGAAGUGCGUACAACUUCAAUUCUUUUCUACCGUUUGACCCUCCUCCCACGUAAUCUUGCCCUCUGCUGUGUUUUUACUUCUCGAGCCAAUAUUCCUGCCUAACCUUGGUCGUUUGUGUGUUCUCGCUCACAGUGCGACACCAUUCUGCUUGCGGAGUAUGCAGAGACUUUCGUCCGGACCACUGUCCUGGCUUUGAAGUAAGCUUGGGAGGCUUCCCGUUCUCAGACAUAGGCUACAGCAUCUGGUCACCAGUAAACCAUCUUUAGGGCCACAGCCAGAUGGAUUCCAGUGUUUAUUUUUGUCUGCGUGACUGAGCCCAUGCUUUGUUAACUACUCUUAAAAGGAGCAAAACCAUUGCAAAUGGAAAACCUGUUCAUCCCACUGAGCUAUGUGUUUUUUUCUUGUUUUUUUUCAAUGCAUAGUCCCGGCCCGGAGAACGAGGUCAGGGCAGAGCUGAGCCUGCUAUUCAGCUCCGUGGCAGCACAAGAUGAGCUUCCAGCGGCAGAUGAGGUUGUGGCGACUUUACAAGAGGCUGCGCAAAACGGCACCUUCAACAUAUCCCUUGUCCGUGGGUCCAUCACUGUCCUUGGUAAGGAAACAUUUCGUACAAGCAUCUACGCUUUUUGCCCCAGCGGCUGUCAGUUGGGGGACAGAGCACCUACUCAUGCUAACUUUUUGUCAUCCCUUCGUAACGCCCGCAGGUUCAACACUUGGUGACUUAACCACCACUGCAGCUCCUGCACCAGCUGUGCUUCUUUCAGUGACCCUGAACCGGACAUUUACGGAAGAACUGAGGCAACCCAGCAGUGCGCUAUACAGAGAUGUCGCGGAACAACUCGAGACGGAAGUGCGUACAACUUCAAUUCUUUUCUACCGUUUGACCCUCCUCCCACGUAAUCUUGCCCUCUGCUGUGUUUUUACUUCUCGAGCCAAUAUUCCUGCCUAACCUUGGUCGUUUGUGUGUUCUCGCUCACAGUGCGACACCAUUCUGCUUGCGGAGUAUGCAGAGACUUUCGUCCGGACCACUGUCCUGGCUUUGAAGUAAGCUUGGGAGGCUUCCCGGUCUCAGACAUAGGCUACAGCACCUGGUCACCAGGAAACCAUCUUUAGGGCCACAGCCAGAUGGAUUCCAGUGUUUAUUUUUGUCUGCGUGACUGAGCCCAUGCUUUGUUAACUACUCUUAAAAGGAGCAAAACCAUUGCAAAUGGAAAACCUGUUCAUCCCACUGAGCUAUGUGUUUUUUUCUUGUUUUUUUUCAAUGCAUAGUCCCGGCCCGGAGAACGAGGUCAGGGCAGAGCUGAGCCUGCUAUUCAGCUCCGUGGCAGCACAAGAUGAGCUUCCAGCGGCAGAUGAGGUUGUGGCGACUUUACAAGAGGCUGCGCAAAACGGCACCUUCAACAUAUCCCUUGUCCGUGGGUCCAUCACUGUCCUUGGUAAGGAAACAUUUCGUACAAGCAUCUACGCUUUUUGCCCCAGCGGCUGUCUGUUGGGGGACAGAGCACCUACUCAUGCUAACUUUUUGUCAUCCCUCACGCAACGCCCGCAGGUUCAACACUUGGUGACUUAACCACCACUGCAGCUCCUGCACCAGCUGUGCUUCUUUCAGUGACCCUGAACCGGACAUUUACGGAAGAACUGAGGCAACCCAGCAGUGCGCUAUACAGAGAUGUCGCGGAACAACUCGAGACGGAAGUGCGUACAACUUCAAUUCUUUUCUACCGUUUGACCCUCCUCCCACGUAAUCUUGCCCUCUGCUGUGUUUUACUUCUCGAGCCAAUAUUCCUGCCUAACCUUGGUCGUUUGUGUGUUCUCGCUCACAGUGCGACACCAUUCUGCUUGGGGAGUAUGCAGAGACUUUCGUCCGGACCACUGUCCUGGCUUUGAAGUAAGCUUGGGAGGCUUCCCGGUCUCAGACAUAGGCUACAGCACCUGGUCACCAGGAAACCAUCUUUAGGGCCACAGCCAGAUGGAUUCCAGUGUUUAUUUUUGUCUGCGUGACUGAGCCCAUGCUUUGUUAACUACUCUUAAAAGGAGCAAAACCAUUGCAAAUGGAAAACCUGUUCAUCCCACUGAGCUAUGUGUUUUUUUCUUGUUUUUUUUCAAUGCAUAGUCCCGGCCCGGAGAACGAGGUCAGGGCAGAGCUGAGCCUGCUAUUCAGCUCCGUGGCAGCACAAGAUGAGCUUCCAGCGGCAGAUGAGGUUGUGGCGACUUUACAAGAGGCUGCGCAAAACGGCACCUUCAACAUAUCCCUUGUCCGUGGGUCCAUCACUGUCCUUGGUAAGGAAACAUUUCGUACAAGCAUCUACGCUUUUUGCCCCAGCGGCUGUCUGUUGGGGGACAGAGCACCUACUCAUGCUAACUUUUUGUCAUCCCUCACGCAACGCCCGCAGGUUCAACACUUGGUGACUUAACCACCACUGCAGCUCCUGCACCAGCUGUGCUUCUAUCAGUGACCCUGAACCGGACAUUUACGGAAGAACUGAGGCAACCCAGCAGUGCGCUAUACAGAGAUGUCGCGGAACAACUCGAGAUGGAAGUGCGUACAACUUCAAUUCUUUUCUACCGUUUGACCCUCCUCCCACGUAAUCUUGCCCUCUGCUGUGUUUUUACUUCUCGAGCCAAUAUUCCUGCCUAACCUUGGUCGUUUGUGUGUUCUCGCUCACAGUGCGACACCAUUCUGCUUGGGGAGUAUGCAGAGACUUUCGUCCGGACCACUGUCCUGGCUUUGAAGUAAGCUUGGGAGGCUUCCCGGUCUCAGACAUAGGCUACAGCACCUGGUCACCAGUAAACCAUCUUUAGGGCCACAGCCAGAUGGAUUCCAGUGUUUAUUUUUGUCUGCGUGACUGAGCCCAUGCUUUGUUAACUACUCUUAAAAGGAGCAAAACCAUUGCAAAUGGAAAACCUGUUCAUCCCACUGAGCUAUGUGUUUUUUUCUUGUUUUUUUUCAAUGCAUAGUCCCGGCCCGGAGAACGAGGUCAGGGCAGAGCUGAGCCUGCUAUUCAGCUCCGUGGCAGCACAAGAUGAGCUUCCAGCGGCAGAUGAGGUUGUGGCGACUUUACAAGAGGCUGCGCAAAACGGCACCUUCAACAUAUCCCUUGUCCGUGGGUCCAUCACUGUCCUUGGUAAGGAAACAUUUCGUACAAGCAUCUACGCUUUUUGCCCCAGCGGCUGUCUGUUGGGGGACAGAGCACCUACUCAUGCUAACUUUUUGUCAUCCCUCACGCAACGCCCGCAGGUUCAACACUUGGUGACUUAACCACCACUGCAGCUCCUGCACCAGCUGUGCUUCUUUCAGUGACCCUGAACCGGACAUUUACGGAAGAACUGAGGCAACCCAGCAGUGCGCUAUACAGAGAUGUCGCGGAACAACUCGAGAUGGAAGUGCGUACAACUUCAAUUCUUUUCUACCGUUUGACCCUCCUCCCACGUAAUCUUGCCCUCUGCUGUGUUUUUACUUCUCGAGCCAAUAUUCCUGCCUAACCUUGGUCGUUUGUGUGUUCUCGCUCACAGUGCGACACCAUUCUGCUUGCGGAGUAUGCAGAGACUUUCGUCCGGACCACUGUCCUGGCUUUGAAGUAAGCUUGGGAGGCUUCCCGGUCUCAGACAUAGGCUACAGCACCUGGUCACCAGGAAACCAUCUUUAGGGCCACAGCCAGAUGGAUUCCAGUGUUUAUUUUUGUCUGCGUGACUGAGCCCAUGCUUUGUUAACUACUCUUAAAAGGAGCAAAACCAUUGCAAAUGGAAAACCUGUUCAUCCCACUGAGCUAUGUGUUUUUUUCUUGUUUUUUUUCAAUGCAUAGUCCCGGCCCGGAGAACGAGGUCAGGGCAGAGCUGAGCCUGCUAUUCAGCUCCGUGGCAGCACAAGAUGAGCUUCCAGCGGCAGAUGAGGUUGUGGCGACUUUACAAGAGGCUGCGCAAAACGGCACCUUCAACAUAUCCCUUGUCCGUGGGUCCAUCACUGUCCUUGGUAAGGAAACAUUUCGUACAAGCAUCUACGCUUUUUGCCCCAGCGGCUGUCUGUUGGGGGACAGAGCACCUACUCAUGCUAACUUUUUGUCAUCCCUCACGCAACGCCCGCAGGUUCAACACUUGGUGACUUAACCACCACUGCAGCUCCUGCACCAGCUGUGCUUCUUUCAGUGACCCUGAACCGGACAUUUACGGAAGAACUGAGGCAACCCAGCAGUGCGCUAUACAGAGAUGUCGCGGAACAACUCGAGACGGAAGUGCGUACAACUUCAAUUCUUUUCUACCGUUUGACCCUCCUCCCACGUAAUCUUGCCCUCUGCUGUGUUUUUACUUCUCGAGCCAAUAUUCCUGCCUAACCUUGGUCGUUUGUGUGUUCUCGCUCACAGUGCGACACCAUUCUGCUUGGGGAGUAUGCAGAGACUUUCGUCCGGACCACUGUCCUGGCUUUGAAGUAAGCUUGGGAGGCUUCCCGGUCUCAGACAUAGGCUACAGCACCUGGUCACCAGUAAACCAUCUUUAGGGCCACAGCCAGAUGGAUUCCAGUGUUUAUUUUUGUCUGCGUGACUGAGCCCAUGCUUUGUUAACUACUCUUAAAAGGAGCAAAACCAUUGCAAAUGGAAAACCUGUUCAUCCCACUGAGCUAUGUGUUUUUUUCUUGUUUUUUUUCAAUGCAUAGUCCCGGCCCGGAGAACGAGGUCAGGGCAGAGCUGAGCCUGCUAUUCAGCUCCGUGGCAGCACAAGAUGAGCUUCCAGCGGCAGAUGAGGUUGUGGCGACUUUACAAGAGGCUGCGCAAAACGGCACCUUCAACAUAUCCCUUGUCCGUGGGUCCAUCACUGUCCUUGGUAAGGAAACAUUUCGUACAAGCAUCUACGCUUUUUGCCCCAGCGGCUGUCUGUUGGGGGACAGAGCACCUACUCAUGCUAACUUUUUGUCAUCCCUCACGCAACGCCCGCAGGUUCAACACUUGGUGACUUAACCACCACUGCAGCUCCUGCACCAGCUGUGCUUCUUUCAGUGACCCUGAACCGGACAUUUACGGAAGAACUGAGGCAACCCAGCAGUGCGCUAUACAGAGAUGUCGCGGAACAACUCGAGACGGAAGUGCGUACAACUUCAAUUCUUUUCUACCGUUUGACCCUCCUCCCACGUAAUCUUGCCCUCUGCUGUGUUUUACUUCUCGAGCCAAUAUUCCUGCCUAACCUUGGUCGUUUGUGUGUUCUCGCUCACAGUGCGACACCAUUCUGCUUGGGGAGUAUGCAGAGACUUUCGUCCGGACCACUGUCCUGGCUUUGAAGUAAGCUUGGGAGGCUUCCCGGUCUCAGACAUAGGCUACAGCACCUGGUCACCAGGAAACCAUCUUUAGGGCCACAGCCAGAUGGAUUCCAGUGUUUAUUUUUGUCUGCGUGACUGAGCCCAUGCUUUGUUAACUACUCUUAAAAGGAGCAAAACCAUUGCAAAUGGAAAACCUGUUCAUCCCACUGAGCUAUGUGUUUUUUUCUUGUUUUUUUUCAAUGCAUAGUCCCGGCCCGGAGAACGAGGUCAGGGCAGAGCUGAGCCUGCUAUUCAGCUCCGUGGCAGCACAAGAUGAGCUUCCAGCGGCAGAUGAGGUUGUGGCGACUUUACAAGAGGCUGCGCAAAACGGCACCUUCAACAUAUCCCUUGUCCGUGGGUCCAUCACUGUCCUUGGUAAGGAAACAUUUCGUACAAGCAUCUACGCUUUUUGCCCCAGCGGCUGUCUGUUGGGGGACAGAGCACCUACUCAUGCUAACUUUUUGUCAUCCCUCACGCAACGCCCGCAGGUUCAACACUUGGUGACUUAACCACCACUGCAGCUCCUGCACCAGCUGUGCUUCUUUCAGUGACCCUGAACCGGACAUUUACGGAAGAACUGAGGCAACCCAGCAGUGCGCUAUACAGAGAUGUCGCGGAACAACUCGAGACGGAAGUGCGUACAGCUUCAAUUCUUUUCUACCGUUUGACCCUCCUCCCACGUAAUCUUGCCCUCUGCUGUGUUUUUACUUCUCGAGCCAAUAUUCCUGCCUAACCUUGGUCGUUUGUGUGUUCUCGCUCACAGUGCGACACCAUUCUGCUUGGGGAGUAUGCAGAGACUUUCGUCCGGACCACUGUCCUGGCUUUGAAGUAAGCUUGGGAGGCUUCCCGGUCUCAGACAUAGGCUACAGCACCUGGUCACCAGGAAACCAUCUUUAGGGCCACAGCCAGAUGGAUUCCAGUGUUUAUUUUUGUCUGCGUGACUGAGCCCAUGCUUUGUUAACUACUCUUAAAAGGAGCAAAACCAUUGCAAAUGGAAAACCUGUUCAUCCCACUGAGCUAUGUGUUUUUUUCUUGUUUUUUUUCAAUGCAUAGUCCCGGCCCGGAGAACGAGGUCAGGGCAGAGCUGAGCCUGCUAUUCAGCUCCGUGGCAGCACAAGAUGAGCUUCCAGCGGCAGAUGAGGUUGUGGCGACUUUACAAGAGGCUGCGCAAAACGGCACCUUCAACAUAUCCCUUGUCCGUGGGUCCAUCACUGUCCUUGGUAAGGAAACAUUUCGUACAAGCAUCUACGCUUUUUGCCCCAGCGGCUGUCUGUUGGGGGACAGAGCACCUACUCAUGCUAACUUUUUGUCAUCCCUCACGCAACGCCCGCAGGUUCAACACUUGGUGACUUAACCACCACUGCAGCUCCUGCACCAGCUGUGCUUCUUUCAGUGACCCUGAACCGGACAUUUACGGAAGAACUGAGGCAACCCAGCAGUGCGCUAUACAGAGAUGUCGCGGAACAACUCGAGACGGAAGUGCGUACAACUUCAAUUCUUUUCUACCGUUUGACCCUCCUCCCACGUAAUCUUGCCCUCUGCUGUGUUUUUACUUCUCGAGCCAAUAUUCCUGCCUAACCUUGGUCGUUUGUGUGUUCUCGCUCACAGUGCGACACCAUUCUGCUUGCGGAGUAUGCAGAGACUUUCGUCCGGACCACUGUCCUGGCUUUGAAGUAAGCUUGGGAGGCUUCCCGGUCUCAGACAUAGGCUACAGCACCUGGUCACCAGUAAACCAUCUUUAGGGCCACAGCCAGAUGGAUUCCAGUGUUUAUUUUUGUCUGCGUGACUGAGCCCAUGCUUUGUUAACUACUCUUAAAAGGAGCAAAACCAUUGCAAAUGGAAAACCUGUUCAUCCCACUGAGCUAUGUGUUUUUUUCUUGUUUUUUUUCAAUGCAUAGUCCCGGCCCGGAGAACGAGGUCAGGGCAGAGCUGAGCCUGCUAUUCAGCUCCGUGGCAGCACAAGAUGAGCUUCCAGCGGCAGAUGAGGUUGUGGCGACUUUACAAGAGGCUGCGCAAAACGGCACCUUCAACAUAUCCCUUGUCCGUGGGUCCAUCACUGUCCUUGGUAAGGAAACAUUUCGUACAAGCAUCUACGCUUUUUGCCCCAGCGGCUGUCUGUUGGGGGACAGAGCACCUACUCAUGCUAACUUUUUGUCAUCCCUCACGCAACGCCCGCAGGUUCAACACUUGGUGACUUAACCACCACUGCAGCUCCUGCACCAGCUGUGCUUCUUUCAGUGACCCUGAACCGGACAUUUACGGAAGAACUGAGGCAACCCAGCAGUGCGCUAUACAGAGAUGUCGCGGAACAACUCGAGACGGAAGUGCGUACAACUUCAAUUCUUUUCUACCGUUUGACCCUCCUCCCACGUAAUCUUGCCCUCUGCUGUGUUUUACUUCUCGAGCCAAUAUUCCUGCCUAACCUUGGUCGUUUGUGUGUUCUCGCUCACAGUGCGACACCAUUCUGCUUGGGGAGUAUGCAGAGACUUUCGUCCGGACCACUGUCCUGGCUUUGAAGUAAGCUUGGGAGGCUUCCCGGUCUCAGACAUAGGCUACAGCACCUGGUCACCAGUAAACCAUCUUUAGGGCCACAGCCAGAUGGAUUCCAGUGUUUAUUUUUGUCUGCGUGACUGAGCCCAUGCUUUGUUAACUACUCUUAAAAGGAGCAAAACCAUUGCAAAUGGAAAACCUGUUCAUCCCACUGAGCUAUGUGUUUUUUUCUUGUUUUUUUUCAAUGCAUAGUCCCGGCCCGGAGAACGAGGUCAGGGCAGAGCUGAGCCUGCUAUUCAGCUCCGUGGCAGCACAAGAUGAGCUUCCAGCGGCAGAUGAGGUUGUGGCGACUUUACAAGAGGCUGCGCAAAACGGCACCUUCAACAUAUCCCUUGUCCGUGGGUCCAUCACUGUCCUUGGUAAGGAAACAUUUCGUACAAGCAUCUACGCUUUUUGCCCCAGCGGCUGUCUGUUGGGGGACAGAGCACCUACUCAUGCUAACUUUUUGUCAUCCCUCACGCAACGCCCGCAGGUUCAACACUUGGUGACUUAACCACCACUGCAGCUCCUGCACCAGCUGUGCUUCUAUCAGUGACCCUGAACCGGACAUUUACGGAAGAACUGAGGCAACCCAGCAGUGCGCUAUACAGAGAUGUCGCGGAACAACUCGAGACGGAAGUGCGUACAACUUCAAUUCUUUUCUACCGUUUGACCCUCCUCCCACGUAAUCUUGCCCUCUGCUGUGUUUUUACUUCUCGAGCCAAUAUUCCUGCCUAACCUUGGUCGUUUGUGUGUUCUCGCUCACAGUGCGACACCAUUCUGCUUGGGGAGUAUGCAGAGACUUUCGUCCGGACCACUGUCCUGGCUUUGAAGUAAGCUUGGGAGGCUUCCCGGUCUCAGACAUAGGCUACAGCACCUGGUCACCAGGAAACCAUCUUUAGGGCCACAGCCAGAUGGAUUCCAGUGUUUAUUUUUGUCUGCGUGACUGAGCCCAUGCUUUGUUAACUACUCUUAAAAGGAGCAAAACCAUUGCAAAUGGAAAACCUGUUCAUCCCACUGAGCUAUGUGUUUUUUUCUUGUUUUUUUUCAAUGCAUAGUCCCGGCCCGGAGAACGAGGUCAGGGCAGAGCUGAGCCUGCUAUUCAGCUCCGUGGCAGCACAAGAUGAGCUUCCAGCGGCAGAUGAGGUUGUGGCGACUUUACAAGAGGCUGCGCAAAACGGCACCUUCAACAUAUCCCUUGUCCGUGGGUCCAUCACUGUCCUUGGUAAGGAAACAUUUCGUACAAGCAUCUACGCUUUUUGCCCCAGCGGCUGUCUGUUGGGGGACAGAGCACCUACUCAUGCUAACUUUUUGUCAUCCCUCACGCAACGCCCGCAGGUUCAACACUUGGUGACUUAACCACCACUGCAGCUCCUGCACCAGCUGUGCUUCUUUCAGUGACCCUGAACCGGACAUUUACGGAAGAACUGAGGCAACCCAGCAGUGCGCUAUACAGAGAUGUCGCGGAACAACUCGAGACGGAAGUGCGUACAACUUCAAUUCUUUUCUACCGUUUGACCCUCCUCCCACGUAAUCUUGCCCUCUGCUGUGUUUUUACUUCUCGAGCCAAUAUUCCUGCCUAACCUUGGUCGUUUGUGUGUUCUCGCUCACAGUGCGACACCAUUCUGCUUGGGGAGUAUGCAGAGACUUUCGUCCGGACCACUGUCCUGGCUUUGAAGUAAGCUUGGGAGGCUUCCCGGUCUCAGACAUAGGCUACAGCACCUGGUCACCAGGAAACCAUCUUUAGGGCCACAGCCAGAUGGAUUCCAGUGUUUAUUUUUGUCUGCGUGACUGAGCCCAUGCUUUGUUAACUACUCUUAAAAGGAGCAAAACCAUUGCAAAUGGAAAACCUGUUCAUCCCACUGAGCUAUGUGUUUUUUUCUUGUUUUUUUUCAAUGCAUAGUCCCGGCCCGGAGAACGAGGUCAGGGCAGAGCUGAGCCUGCUAUUCAGCUCCGUGGCAGCACAAGAUGAGCUUCCAGCGGCAGAUGAGGUUGUGGCGACUUUACAAGAGGCUGCGCAAAACGGCACCUUCAACAUAUCCCUUGUCCGUGGGUCCAUCACUGUCCUUGGUAAGGAAACAUUUCGUACAAGCAUCUACGCUUUUUGCCCCAGCGGCUGUCUGUUGGGGGACAGAGCACCUACUCAUGCUAACUUUUUGUCAUCCCUCACGCAACGCCCGCAGGUUCAACACUUGGUGACUUAACCACCACUGCAGCUCCUGCACCAGCUGUGCUUCUUUCAGUGACCCUGAACCGGACAUUUACGGAAGAACUGAGGCAACCCAGCAGUGCGCUAUACAGAGAUGUCGCGGAACAACUCGAGACGGAAGUGCGUACAACUUCAAUUCUUUUCUACCGUUUGACCCUCCUCCCACGUAAUCUUGCCCUCUGCUGUGUUUUACUUCUCGAGCCAAUAUUCCUGCCUAACCUUGGUCGUUUGUGUGUUCUCGCUCACAGUGCGACACCAUUCUGCUUGGGAGUAUGCAGAGACUUUCGUCCGGACCACUGUCCUGGCUUUGAAGUAAGCUUGGGAGGCUUCCCGGUCUCAGACAUAGGCUACAGCACCUGGUCACCAGUAAACCAUCUUUAGGGCCACAGCCAGAUGGAUUCCAGUGUUUAUUUUUGUCUGCGUGACUGAGCCCAUGCUUUGUUAACUACUCUUAAAAGGAGCAAAACCAUUGCAAAUGGAAAACCUGUUCAUCCCACUGAGCUAUGUGUUUUUUUCUUGUUUUUUUUCAAUGCAUAGUCCCGGCCCGGAGAACGAGGUCAGGGCAGAGCUGAGCCUGCUAUUCAGCUCCGUGGCAGCACAAGAUGAGCUUCCAGCGGCAGAUGAGGUUGUGGCGACUUUACAAGAGGCUGCGCAAAACGGCACCUUCAACAUAUCCCUUGUCCGUGGGUCCAUCACUGUCCUUGGUAAGGAAACAUUUCGUACAAGCAUCUACGCUUUUUGCCCCAGCGGCUGUCUGUUGGGGGACAGAGCACCUACUCAUGCUAACUUUUUGUCAUCCCUCACGCAACGCCCGCAGGUUCAACACUUGGUGACUUAACCACCACUGCAGCUCCUGCACCAGCUGUGCUUCUAUCAGUGACCCUGAACCGGACAUUUACGGAAGAACUGAGGCAACCCAGCAGUGCGCUAUACAGAGAUGUCGCGGAACAACUCGAGACGGAAGUGCGUACAACUUCAAUUCUUUUCUACCGUUUGACCCUCCUCCCACGUAAUCUUGCCCUCUGCUGUGUUUUACUUCUCGAGCCAAUAUUCCUGCCUAACCUUGGUCGUUUGUGUGUUCUCGCUCACAGUGCGACACCAUUCUGCUUGGGGAGUAUGCAGAGACUUUCGUCCGGACCACUGUCCUGGCUUUGAAGUAAGCUUGGGAGGCUUCCCGGUCUCAGACAUAGGCUACAGCACCUGGUCACCAGGAAACCAUCUUUAGGGCCACAGCCAGAUGGAUUCCAGUGUUUAUUUUUGUCUGCGUGACUGAGCCCAUGCUUUGUUAACUACUCUUAAAAGGAGCAAAACCAUUGCAAAUGGAAAACCUGUUCAUCCCACUGAGCUAUGUGUUUUUUUCUUGUUUUUUUUCAAUGCAUAGUCCCGGCCCGGAGAACGAGGUCAGGGCAGAGCUGAGCCUGCUAUUCAGCUCCGUGGCAGCACAAGAUGAGCUUCCAGCGGCAGAUGAGGUUGUGGCGACUUUACAAGAGGCUGCGCAAAACGGCACCUUCAACAUAUCCCUUGUCCGUGGGUCCAUCACUGUCCUUGGUAAGGAAACAUUUCGUACAAGCAUCUACGCUUUUUGCCCCAGCGGCUGUCUGUUGGGGGACAGAGCACCUACUCAUGCUAACUUUUUGUCAUCCCUCACGCAACGCCCGCAGGUUCAACACUUGGUGACUUAACCACCACUGCAGCUCCUGCACCAGCUGUGCUUCUUUCAGUGACCCUGAACCGGACAUUUACGGAAGAACUGAGGCAACCCAGCAGUGCGCUAUACAGAGAUGUCGCGGAACAACUCGAGACGGAAGUGCGUACAACUUCAAUUCUUUUCUACCGUUUGACCCUCCUCCCACGUAAUCUUGCCCUCUGCUGUGUUUUUACUUCUCGAGCCAAUAUUCCUGCCUAACCUUGGUCGUUUGUGUGUUCUCGCUCACAGUGCGACACCAUUCUGCUUGCGGAGUAUGCAGAGACUUUCGUCCGGACCACUGUCCUGGCUUUGAAGUAAGCUUGGGAGGCUUCCCGUUCUCAGACAUAGGCUACAGCACCUGGUCACCAGUAAACCAUCUUUAGGGCCACAGCCAGAUGGAUUCCAGUGUUUAUUUUUGUCUGCGUGACUGAGCCCAUGCUUUGUUAACUACUCUUAAAAGGAGCAAAACCAUUGCAAAUGGAAAACCUGUUCAUCCCACUGAGCUAUGUGUUUUUUUCUUGUUUUUUUUCAAUGCAUAGUCCCGGCCCGGAGAACGAGGUCAGGGCAGAGCUGAGCCUGCUAUUCAGCUCCGUGGCAGCACAAGAUGAGCUUCCAGCGGCAGAUGAGGUUGUGGCGACUUUACAAGAGGCUGCGCAAAACGGCACCUUCAACAUAUCCCUUGUCCGUGGGUCCAUCACUGUCCUUGGUAAGGAAACAUUUCGUACAAGCAUCUACGCUUUUUGCCCCAGCGGCUGUCUGUUGGGGGACAGAGCACCUACUCAUGCUAACUUUUUGUCAUCCCUCACGCAACGCCCGCAGGUUCAACACUUGGUGACUUAACCACCACUGCAGCUCCUGCACCAGCUGUGCUUCUUUCAGUGACCCUGAACCGGACAUUUACGGAAGAACUGAGGCAACCCAGCAGUGCGCUAUACAGAGAUGUCGCGGAACAACUCGAGACGGAAGUGCGUACAACUUCAAUUCUUUUCUACCGUUUGACCCUCCUCCCACGUAAUCUUGCCCUCUGCUGUGUUUUUACUUCUCGAGCCAAUAUUCCUGCCUAACCUUGGUCGUUUGUGUGUUCUCGCUCACAGUGCGACACCAUUCUGCUUGCGGAGUAUGCAGAGACUUUCGUCCGGACCACUGUCCUGGCUUUGAAGUAAGCUUGGGAGGCUUCCCGGUCUCAGACAUAGGCUACAGCACCUGGUCACCAGGAAACCAUCUUUAGGGCCACAGCCAGAUGGAUUCCAGUGUUUAUUUUUGUCUGCGUGACUGAGCCCAUGCUUUGUUAACUACUCUUAAAAGGAGCAAAACCAUUGCAAAUGGAAAACCUGUUCAUCCCACUGAGCUAUGUGUUUUUUUCUUGUUUUUUUUCAAUGCAUAGUCCCGGCCCGGAGAACGAGGUCAGGGCAGAGCUGAGCCUGCUAUUCAGCUCCGUGGCAGCACAAGAUGAGCUUCCAGCGGCAGAUGAGGUUGUGGCGACUUUACAAGAGGCUGCGCAAAACGGCACCUUCAACAUAUCCCUUGUCCGUGGGUCCAUCACUGUCCUUGGUAAGGAAACAUUUCGUACAAGCAUCUACGCUUUUUGCCCCAGCGGCUGUCUGUUGGGGGACAGAGCACCUACUCAUGCUAACUUUUUGUCAUCCCUCACGCAACGCCCGCAGGUUCAACACUUGGUGACUUAACCACCACUGCAGCUCCUGCACCAGCUGUGCUUCUAUCAGUGACCCUGAACCGGACAUUUACGGAAGAACUGAGGCAACCCAGCAGUGCGCUAUACAGAGAUGUCGCGGAACAACUCGAGACGGAAGUGCGUACAACUUCAAUUCUUUUCUACCGUUUGACCCUCCUCCCACGUAAUCUUGCCCUCUGCUGUGUUUUUACUUCUCGAGCCAAUAUUCCUGCCUAACCUUGGUCGUUUGUGUGUUCUCGCUCACAGUGCGACACCAUUCUGCUUGGGAGUAUGCAGAGACUUUCGUCCGGACCACUGUCCUGGCUUUGAAGUAAGCUUGGGAGGCUUCCCGGUCUCAGACAUAGGCUACAGCACCUGGUCACCAGUAAACCAUCUUUAGGGCCACAGCCAGAUGGAUUCCAGUGUUUAUUUUUGUCUGCGUGACUGAGCCCAUGCUUUGUUAACUACUCUUAAAAGGAGCAAAACCAUUGCAAAUGGAAAACCUGUUCAUCCCACUGAGCUAUGUGUUUUUUUCUUGUUUUUUUUCAAUGCAUAGUCCCGGCCCGGAGAACGAGGUCAGGGCAGAGCUGAGCCUGCUAUUCAGCUCCGUGGCAGCACAAGAUGAGCUUCCAGCGGCAGAUGAGGUUGUGGCGACUUUACAAGAGGCUGCGCAAAACGGCACCUUCAACAUAUCCCUUGUCCGUGGGUCCAUCACUGUCCUUGGUAAGGAAACAUUUCGUACAAGCAUCUACGCUUUUUGCCCCAGCGGCUGUCUGUUGGGGGACAGAGCACCUACUCAUGCUAACUUUUUGUCAUCCCUCACGCAACGCCCGCAGGUUCAACACUUGGUGACUUAACCACCACUGCAGCUCCUGCACCAGCUGUGCUUCUUUCAGUGACCCUGAACCGGACAUUUACGGAAGAACUGAGGCAACCCAGCAGUGCGCUAUACAGAGAUGUCGCGGAACAACUCGAGACGGAAGUGCGUACAACUUCAAUUCUUUUCUACCGUUUGACCCUCCUCCCACGUAAUCUUGCCCUCUGCUGUGUUUUUACUUCUCGAGCCAAUAUUCCUGCCUAACCUUGGUCGUUUGUGUGUUCUCGCUCACAGUGCGACACCAUUCUGCUUGCGGAGUAUGCAGAGACUUUCGUCCGGACCACUGUCCUGGCUUUGAAGUAAGCUUGGGAGGCUUCCCGUCUCAGACAUAGGCUACAGCACCUGGUCACCAGUAAACCAUCUUUAGGGCCACAGCCAGAUGGAUUCCAGUGUUUAUUUUUGUCUGCGUGACUGAGCCCAUGCUUUGUUAACUACUCUUAAAAGGAGCAAAACCAUUGCAAAUGGAAAACCUGUUCAUCCCACUGAGCUAUGUGUUUUUUUCUUGUUUUUUUUCAAUGCAUAGUCCCGGCCCGGAGAACGAGGUCAGGGCAGAGCUGAGCCUGCUAUUCAGCUCCGUGGCAGCACAAGAUGAGCUUCCAGCGGCAGAUGAGGUUGUGGCGACUUUACAAGAGGCUGCGCAAAACGGCACCUUCAACAUAUCCCUUGUCCGUGGGUCCAUCACUGUCCUUGGUAAGGAAACAUUUCGUACAAGCAUCUACGCUUUUUGCCCCAGCGGCUGUCUGUUGGGGGACAGAGCACCUACUCAUGCUAACUUUUUGUCAUCCCUCACGCAACGCCCGCAGGUUCAACACUUGGUGACUUAACCACCACUGCAGCUCCUGCACCAGCUGUGCUUCUUUCAGUGACCCUGAACCGGACAUUUACGGAAGAACUGAGGCAACCCAGCAGUGCGCUAUACAGAGAUGUCGCGGAACAACUCGAGACGGAAGUGCGUACAACUUCAAUUCUUUUCUACCGUUUGACCCUCCUCCCACGUAAUCUUGCCCUCUGCUGUGUUUUUACUUCUCGAGCCAAUAUUCCUGCCUAACCUUGGUCGUUUGUGUGUUCUCGCUCACAGUGCGACACCAUUCUGCUUGGGGAGUAUGCAGAGACUUUCGUCCGGACCACUGUCCUGGCUUUGAAGUAAGCUUGGGAGGCUUCCCGGUCUCAGACAUAGGCUACAGCACCUGGUCACCAGUAAACCAUCUUUAGGGCCACAGCCAGAUGGAUUCCAGUGUUUAUUUUUGUCUGCGUGACUGAGCCCAUGCUUUGUUAACUACUCUUAAAAGGAGCAAAACCAUUGCAAAUGGAAAACCUGUUCAUCCCACUGAGCUAUGUGUUUUUUUCUUGUUUUUUUUCAAUGCAUAGUCCCGGCCCGGAGAACGAGGUCAGGGCAGAGCUGAGCCUGCUAUUCAGCUCCGUGGCAGCACAAGAUGAGCUUCCAGCGGCAGAUGAGGUUGUGGCGACUUUACAAGAGGCUGCGCAAAACGGCACCUUCAACAUAUCCCUUGUCCGUGGGUCCAUCACUGUCCUUGGUAAGGAAACAUUUCGUACAAGCAUCUACGCUUUUUGCCCCAGCGGCUGUCUGUUGGGGGACAGAGCACCUACUCAUGCUAACUUUUUGUCAUCCCUCACGCAACGCCCGCAGGUUCAACACUUGGUGACUUAACCACCACUGCAGCUCCUGCACCAGCUGUGCUUCUAUCAGUGACCCUGAACCGGACAUUUACGGAAGAACUGAGGCAACCCAGCAGUGCGCUAUACAGAGAUGUCGCGGAACAACUCGAGACGGAAGUGCGUACAACUUCAAUUCUUUUCUACCGUUUGACCCUCCUCCCACGUAAUCUUGCCCUCUGCUGUGUUUUACUUCUCGAGCCAAUAUUCCUGCCUAACCUUGGUCGUUUGUGUGUUCUCGCUCACAGUGCGACACCAUUCUGCUUGGGGAGUAUGCAGAGACUUUCGUCCGGACCACUGUCCUGGCUUUGAAGUAAGCUUGGGAGGCUUCCCGGUCUCAGACAUAGGCUACAGCACCUGGUCACCAGGAAACCAUCUUUAGGGCCACAGCCAGAUGGAUUCCAGUGUUUAUUUUUGUCUGCGUGACUGAGCCCAUGCUUUGUUAACUACUCUUAAAAGGAGCAAAACCAUUGCAAAUGGAAAACCUGUUCAUCCCACUGAGCUAUGUGUUUUUUUCUUGUUUUUUUUCAAUGCAUAGUCCCGGCCCGGAGAACGAGGUCAGGGCAGAGUUGAGCCUGCUAUUCAGCUCCGUGGCAGCACAAGAUGAGCUUCCAGCGGCAGAUGAGGUUGUGGCGACUUUACAAGAGGCUGCGCAAAACGGCACCUUCAACAUAUCCCUUGUCCGUGGGUCCAUCACUGUCCUUGGUAAGGAAACAUUUCGUACAAGCAUCUACGCUUUUUGCCCCAGCGGCUGUCUGUUGGGGGACAGAGCACCUACUCAUGCUAACUUUUUGUCAUCCCUCACGCAACGCCCGCAGGUUCAACACUUGGUGACUUAACCACCACUGCAGCUCCUGCACCAGCUGUGCUUCUUUCAGUGACCCUGAACCGGACAUUUACGGAAGAACUGAGGCAACCCAGCAGUGCGCUAUACAGAGAUGUCGCGGAACAACUCGAGACGGAAGUGCGUACAACUUCAAUUCUUUUCUACCGUUUGACCCUCCUCCCACGUAAUCUUGCCCUCUGCUGUGUUUUUACUUCUCGAGCCAAUAUUCCUGCCUAACCUUGGUCGUUUGUGUGUUCUCGCUCACAGUGCGACACCAUUCUGCUUGCGGAGUAUGCAGAGACUUUCGUCCGGACCACUGUCCUGGCUUUGAAGUAAGCUUGGGAGGCUUCCCGUUCUCAGACAUAGGCUACAGCACCUGGUCACCAGUAAACCAUCUUUAGGGCCACAGCCAGAUGGAUUCCAGUGUUUAUUUUUGUCUGCGUGACUGAGCCCAUGCUUUGUUAACUACUCUUAAAAGGAGCAAAACCAUUGCAAAUGGAAAACCUGUUCAUCCCACUGAGCUAUGUGUUUUUUUCUUGUUUUUUUUCAAUGCAUAGUCCCGGCCCGGAGAACGAGGUCAGGGCAGAGCUGAGCCUGCUAUUCAGCUCCGUGGCAGCACAAGAUGAGCUUCCAGCGGCAGAUGAGGUUGUGGCGACUUUACAAGAGGCUGCGCAAAACGGCACCUUCAACAUAUCCCUUGUCCGUGGGUCCAUCACUGUCCUUGGUAAGGAAACAUUUCGUACAAGCAUCUACGCUUUUUGCCCCAGCGGCUGUCAGUUGGGGGACAGAGCACCUACUCAUGCUAACUUUUUGUCAUCCCUUCGUAACGCCCGCAGGUUCAACACUUGGUGACUUAACCACCACUGCAGCUCCUGCACCAGCUGUGCUUCUUUCAGUGACCCUGAACCGGACAUUUACGGAAGAACUGAGGCAACCCAGCAGUGCGCUAUACAGAGAUGUCGCGGAACAACUCGAGACGGAAGUGCGUACAACUUCAAUUCUUUUCUACCGUUUGACCCUCCUCCCACGUAAUCUUGCCCUCUGCUGUGUUUUUACUUCUCGAGCCAAUAUUCCUGCCUAACCUUGGUCGUUUGUGUGUUCUCGCUCACAGUGCGACACCAUUCUGCUUGCGGAGUAUGCAGAGACUUUCGUCCGGACCACUGUCCUGGCUUUGAAGUAAGCUUGGGAGGCUUCCCGGUCUCAGACAUAGGCUACAGCACCUGGUCACCAGGAAACCAUCUUUAGGGCCACAGCCAGAUGGAUUCCAGUGUUUAUUUUUGUCUGCGUGACUGAGCCCAUGCUUUGUUAACUACUCUUAAAAGGAGCAAAACCAUUGCAAAUGGAAAACCUGUUCAUCCCACUGAGCUAUGUGUUUUUUUCUUGUUUUUUUUCAAUGCAUAGUCCCGGCCCGGAGAACGAGGUCAGGGCAGAGCUGAGCCUGCUAUUCAGCUCCGUGGCAGCACAAGAUGAGCUUCCAGCGGCAGAUGAGGUUGUGGCGACUUUACAAGAGGCUGCGCAAAACGGCACCUUCAACAUAUCCCUUGUCCGUGGGUCCAUCACUGUCCUUGGUAAGGAAACAUUUCGUACAAGCAUCUACGCUUUUUGCCCCAGCGGCUGUCUGUUGGGGGACAGAGCACCUACUCAUGCUAACUUUUUGUCAUCCCUCACGCAACGCCCGCAGGUUCAACACUUGGUGACUUAACCACCACUGCAGCUCCUGCACCAGCUGUGCUUCUAUCAGUGACCCUGAACCGGACAUUUACGGAAGAACUGAGGCAACCCAGCAGUGCGCUAUACAGAGAUGUCGCGGAACAACUCGAGACGGAAGUGCGUACAACUUCAAUUCUUUUCUACCGUUUGACCCUCCUCCCACGUAAUCUUGCCCUCUGCUGUGUUUUACUUCUCGAGCCAAUAUUCCUGCCUAACCUUGGUCGUUUGUGUGUUCUCGCUCACAGUGCGACACCAUUCUGCUUGGGGAGUAUGCAGAGACUUUCGUCCGGACCACUGUCCUGGCUUUGAAGUAAGCUUGGGAGGCUUCCCGGUCUCAGACAUAGGCUACAGCACCUGGUCACCAGUAAACCAUCUUUAGGGCCACAGCCAGAUGGAUUCCAGUGUUUAUUUUUGUCUGCGUGACUGAGCCCAUGCUUUGUUAACUACUCUUAAAAGGAGCAAAACCAUUGCAAAUGGAAAACCUGUUCAUCCCACUGAGCUAUGUGUUUUUUUCUUGUUUUUUUUCAAUGCAUAGUCCCGGCCCGGAGAACGAGGUCAGGGCAGAGCUGAGCCUGCUAUUCAGCUCCGUGGCAGCACAAGAUGAGCUUCCAGCGGCAGAUGAGGUUGUGGCGACUUUACAAGAGGCUGCGCAAAACGGCACCUUCAACAUAUCCCUUGUCCGUGGGUCCAUCACUGUCCUUGGUAAGGAAACAUUUCGCACAAGCAUCUACGCUUUUUGCCCCAGCGGCUGUCUGUUGGGGGACAGAGCACCUACUCAUGCUAACUUUUUGUCAUCCCUCACGCAACGCCCGCAGGUUCAACACUUGGUGACUUAACCACCACUGCAGCUCCUGCACCAGCUGUGCUUCUUUCAGUGACCCUGAACCGGACAUUUACGGAAGAACUGAGGCAACCCAGCAGUGCGCUAUACAGAGAUGUCGCGGAACAACUCGAGAUGGAAGUGCGUACAACUUCAAUUCUUUUCUACCGUUUGACCCUCCUCCCACGUAAUCUUGCCCUCUGCUGUGUUUUUACUUCUCGAGCCAAUAUUCCUGCCUAACCUUGGUCGUUUGUGUGUUCUCGCUCACAGUGCGACACCAUUCUGCUUGCGGAGUAUGCAGAGACUUUCGUCCGGACCACUGUCCUGGCUUUGAAGUAAGCUUGGGAGGCUUCCCGUUCUCAGACAUAGGCUACAGCACCUGGUCACCAGUAAACCAUCUUUAGGGCCACAGCCAGAUGGAUUCCAGUGUUUAUUUUUGUCUGCGUGACUGAGCCCAUGCUUUGUUAACUACUCUUAAAAGGAGCAAAACCAUUGGAAAUGGAAAACCUGUUCAUCCCACUGAGCUAUGUGUUUUUUUCUUGUUUUUUUUCAAUGCAUAGUCCCGGCCCGGAGAACGAGGUCAGGGCAGAGCUGAGCCUGCUAUUCAGCUCCGUGGCAGCACAAGAUGAGCUUCCAGCGGCAGAUGAGGUUGUGGCGACUUUACAAGAGGCUGCGCAAAACGGCACCUUCAACAUAUCCCUUGUCCGUGGGUCCAUCACUGUCCUUGGUAAGGAAACAUUUCGUACAAGCAUCUACGCUUUUUGCCCCAGCGGCUGUCUGUUGGGGGACAGAGCACCUACUCAUGCUAACUUUUUGUCAUCCCUCACGCAACGCCCGCAGGUUCAACACUUGGUGACUUAACCACCACUGCAGCUCCUGCACCAGCUGUGCUUCUAUCAGUGACCCUGAACCGGACAUUUACGGAAGAACUGAGGCAACCCAGCAGUGCGCUAUACAGAGAUGUCGCGGAACAACUCGAGACGGAAGUGCGUACAACUUCAAUUCUUUUCUACCGUUUGACCCUCCUCCCACGUAAUCUUGCCCUCUGCUGUGUUUUUACUUCUCGAGCCAAUAUUCCUGCCUAACCUUGGUCGUUUGUGUGUUCUCGCUCACAGUGCGACACCAUUCUGCUUGGGGAGUAUGCAGAGACUUUCGUCCGGACCACUGUCCUGGCUUUGAAGUAAGCUUGGGAGGCUUCCCGGUCUCAGACAUAGGCUACAGCACCUGGUCACCAGUAAACCAUCUUUAGGGCCACAGCCAGAUGGAUUCCAGUGUUUAUUUUUGUCUGCGUGACUGAGCCCAUGCUUUGUUAACUACUCUUAAAAGGAGCAAAACCAUUGGAAAUGGAAAACCUGUUCAUCCCACUGAGCUAUGUGUUUUUUUCUUGUUUUUUUUCAAUGCAUAGUCCCGGCCCGGAGAACGAGGUCAGGGCAGAGCUGAGCCUGCUAUUCAGCUCCGUGGCAGCACAAGAUGAGCUUCCAGCGGCAGAUGAGGUUGUGGCGACUUUACAAGAGGCUGCGCAAAACGGCACCUUCAACAUAUCCCUUGUCCGUGGGUCCAUCACUGUCCUUGGUAAGGAAACAUUUCGUACAAGCAUCUACGCUUUUUGCCCCAGCGGCUGUCUGUUGGGGGACAGAGCACCUACUCAUGCUAACUUUUUGUCAUCCCUCACGCAACGCCCGCAGGUUCAACACUUGGUGACUUAACCACCACUGCAGCUCCUGCACCAGCUGUGCUUCUUUCAGUGACCCUGAACCGGACAUUUACGGAAGAACUGAGGCAACCCAGCAGUGCGCUAUACAGAGAUGUCGCGGAACAACUCGAGACGGAAGUGCGUACAACUUCAAUUCUUUUCUACCGUUUGACCCUCCUCCCACGUAAUCUUGCCCUCUGCUGUGUUUUUACUUCUCGAGCCAAUAUUCCUGCCUAACCUUGGUCGUUUGUGUGUUCUCGCUCACAGUGCGACACCAUUCUGCUUGGGGAGUAUGCAGAGACUUUCGUCCGGACCACUGUCCUGGCUUUGAAGUAAGCUUGGGAGGCUUCCCGGUCUCAGACAUAGGCUACAGCACCUGGUCACCAGUAAACCAUCUUUAGGGCCACAGCCAGAUGGAUUCCAGUGUUUAUUUUUGUCUGCGUGACUGAGCCCAUGCUUUGUUAACUACUCUUAAAAGGAGCAAAACCAUUGGAAAUGGAAAACCUGUUCAAUCCCACUGAGCUAUGUGUUUUUUUCUUGUUUUUUUUCAAUGCAUAGUCCCGGCCCGGAGAACGAGGUCAGGGCAGAGCUGAGCCUGCUAUUCAGCUCCGUGGCAGCACAAGAUGAGCUUCCAGCGGCAGAUGAGGUUGUGGCGACUUUACAAGAGGCUGCGCAAAACGGCACCUUCAACAUAUCCCUUGUCCGUGGGUCCAUCACUGUCCUUGGUAAGGAAACAUUUCGUACAAGCAUCUACACUUUUUGCCCCAGCGGCUGUCUGUUGGGGGACAGAGCACCUACUCAUGCUAACUUUUUGUCAUCCCUCACGCAACGCCCGCAGGUUCAACACUUGGUGACUUAACCACCACUGCAGCUCCUGCACCAGCUGUGCUUCUAUCAGUGACCCUGAACCGGACAUUUACGGAAGAACUGAGGCAACCCAGCAGUGCGCUAUACAGAGAUGUCGCGGAACAACUCGAGACGGAAGUGCGUACAACUUCAAUUCUUUUCUACCGUUUGACCCUCCUCCCACGUAAUCUUGCCCUCUGCUGUGUUUUUACUUCUCGAGCCAAUAUUCCUGCCUAACCUUGGUCGUUUGUGUGUUCUCGCUCACAGUGCGACACCAUUCUGCUUGGGGAGUAUGCAGAGACUUUCGUCCGGACCACUGUCCUGGCUUUGAAGUAAGCUUGGGAGGCUUCCCGGUCUCAGACAUAGGCUACAGCACCUGGUCACCAGUAAACCAUCUUUAGGGCCACAGCCAGAUGGAUUCCAGUGUUUAUUUUUGUCUGCAUGACUGAGCCCAUGCUUUGUUAACUACUCUUAAAAGGAGCAAAACCAUUGCAAAUGGAAAACCUGUUCAUCCCACUGAGCUAUGUGUUUUUUUCUUGUUUUUUUUCAAUGCAUAGUCCCGGCCCGGAGAACGAGGUCAGGGCAGAGCUGAGCCUGCUAUUCAGCUCCGUGGCAGCACAAGAUGAGCUUCCAGCGGCAGAUGAGGUUGUGGCGACUUUACAAGAGGCUGCGCAAAACGGCACCUUCAACAUAUCCCUUGUCCGUGGGUCCAUCACUGUCCUUGGUAAGGAAACAUUUCGUACAAGCAUCUACGCUUUUUGCCCCAGCGGCUGUCUGUUGGGGGACAGAGCACCUACUCAUGCUAACUUUUUGUCAUCCCUCACGCAACGCCCGCAGGUUCAACACUUGGUGACUUAACCACCACUGCAGCUCCUGCACCAGCUGUGCUUCUUUCAGUGACCCUGAACCGGACAUUUACGGAAGAACUGAGGCAACCCAGCAGUGCGCUAUACAGAGAUGUCGCGGAACAACUCGAGACGGAAGUGCGUACAGCUUCAAUACUUUUCUACCGUUUGACCCUCCUCCCACGUAAUCUUGCCCUCUGCUGUGUUUUUACUUCUCGAGCCAAUAUUCCUGCCUAACCUUGGUCGUUUGUGUGUUCUCGCUCACAGUGCGACACCAUUCUGCUUGGGGAGUAUGCAGAGACUUUCGUCCGGACCACUGUCCUGGCUUUGAAGUAAGCUUGGGAGGCUUCCCGGUCUCAGACAUAGGCUACAGCACCUGGUCACCAGGAAACCAUCUUUAGGGCCACAGCCAGAUGGAUUCCAGUGUUUAUUUUUGUCUGCGUGACUGAGCCCAUGCUUUGUUAACUACUCUUAAAAGGAGCAAAACCAUUGGAAAUGGAAAACCUGUUCAUCCCACUGAGCUAUGUGUUUUUUUCUUGUUUUUUUUCAAUGCAUAGUCCCGGCCCGGAGAACGAGGUCAGGGCAGAGCUGAGCCUGCUAUUCAGCUCCGUGGCAGCACAAGAUGAGCUUCCAGCGGCAGAUGAGGUUGUGGCGACUUUACAAGAGGCUGCGCAAAACGGCACCUUCAACAUAUCCCUUGUCCGUGGGUCCAUCACUGUCCUUGGUAAGGAAACAUUUCGUACAAGCAUCUACGCUUUUUGCCCCAGCGGCUGUCUGUUGGGGGACAGAGCACCUACUCAUGCUAACUUUUUGUCAUCCCUCACGCAACGCCCGCAGGUUCAACACUUGGUGACUUAACCACCACUGCAGCUCCUGCACCAGCUGUGCUUCUAUCAGUGACCCUGAACCGGACAUUUACGGAAGAACUGAGGCAACCCAGCAGUGCGCUAUACAGAGAUGUCGCGGAACAACUCGAGACGGAAGUGCGUACAGCUUCAAUACUUUUCUACCGUUUGACCCUCCUCCCACGUAAUCUUGCCCUCUGCUGUGUUUUUACUUCUCGAGCCAAUAUUCCUGCCUAACCUUGGUCGUUUGUGUGUUCUCGCUCACAGUGCGACACCAUUCUGCUUGCGGAGUAUGCAGAGACUUUCGUCCGGACCACUGUCCUGGCUUUGAAGUAAGCUUGGGAGGCUUCCCGGUCUCAGACAUAGGCUACAGCACCUGGUCACCAGUAAACCAUCUUUAGGGCCACAGCCAGAUGGAUUCCAGUGUUUAUUUUUGUCUGCGUGACUGAGCCCAUGCUUUGUUAACUACUCUUAAAAGGAGCAAAACCAUUGCAAAUGGAAAACCUGUUCAUCCCACUGAGCUAUGUGUUUUUUUCUUGUUUUUUUUCAAUGCAUAGUCCCGGCCCGGAGAACGAGGUCAGGGCAGAGCUGAGCCUGCUAUUCAGCUCCGUGGCAGCACAAGAUGAGCUUCCAGCGGCAGAUGAGGUUGUGGCGACUUUACAAGAGGCUGCGCAAAACGGCACCUUCAACAUAUCCCUUGUCCGUGGGUCCAUCACUGUCCUUGGUAAGGAAACAUUUCGUACAAGCAUCUACGCUUUUUGCCCCAGCGGCUGUCUGUUGGGGGACAGAGCACCUACUCAUGCUAACUUUUUGUCAUCCCUCACGCAACGCCCGCAGGUUCAACACUUGGUGACUUAACCACCACUGCAGCUCCUGCACCAGCUGUGCUUCUAUCAGUGACCCUGAACCGGACAUUUACGGAAGAACUGAGGCAACCCAGCAGUGCGCUAUACAGAGAUGUCGCGGAACAACUCGAGACGGAAGUGCGUACAACUUCAAUUCUUUUCUACCGUUUGACCCUCCUCCCACGUAAUCUUGCCCUCUGCUGUGUUUUUACUUCUCGAGCCAAUAUUCCUGCCUAACCUUGGUCGUUUGUGUGUUCUCGCUCACAGUGCGACACCAUUCUGCUUGGGGAGUAUGCAGAGACUUUCGUCCGGACCACUGUCCUGGCUUUGAAGUAAGCUUGGGAGGCUUCCCGGUCUCAGACAUAGGCUACAGCACCUGGUCACCAGUAAACCAUCUUUAGGGCCACAGCCAGAUGGAUUCCAGUGUUUAUUUUUGUCUGCGUGACUGAGCCCAUGCUUUGUUAACUACUCUUAAAAGGAGCAAAACCAUUGCAAAUGGAAAACCUGUUCAUCCCACUGAGCUAUGUGUUUUUUUCUUGUUUUUUUUCAAUGCAUAGUCCCGGCCCGGAGAACGAGGUCAGGGCAGAGCUGAGCCUGCUAUUCAGCUCCGUGGCAGCACAAGAUGAGCUUCCAGCGGCAGAUGAGGUUGUGGCGACUUUACAAGAGGCUGCGCAAAACGGCACCUUCAACAUAUCCCUUGUCCGUGGGUCCAUCACUGUCCUUGGUAAGGAAACAUUUCGUACAAGCAUCUACGCUUUUUGCCCCAGCGGCUGUCUGUUGGGGGACAGAGCACCUACUCAUGCUAACUUUUUGUCAUCCCUCACGCAACGCCCGCAGGUUCAACACUUGGUGACUUAACCACCACUGCAGCUCCUGCACCAGCUGUGCUUCUUUCAGUGACCCUGAACCGGACAUUUACGGAAGAACUGAGGCAACCCAGCAGUGCGCUAUACAGAGAUGUCGCGGAACAACUCGAGACGGAAGUGCGUACAGCUUCAAUACUUUUCUACCGUUUGACCCUCCUCCCACGUAAUCUUGCCCUCUGCUGUGUUUUUACUUCUCGAGCCAAUAUUCCUGCCUAACCUUGGUCGUUUGUGUGUUCUCGCUCACAGUGCGACACCAUUCUGCUUGGGGAGUAUGCAGAGACUUUCGUCCGGACCACUGUCCUGGCUUUGAAGUAAGCUUGGGAGGCUUCCCGGUCUCAGACAUAGGCUACAGCACCUGGUCACCAGGAAACCAUCUUUAGGGCCACAGCCAGAUGGAUUCCAGUGUUUAUUUUUGUCUGCGUGACUGAGCCCAUGCUUUGUUAACUACUCUUAAAAGGAGCAAAACCAUUGGAAAUGGAAAACCUGUUCAUCCCACUGAGCUAUGUGUUUUUUUCUUGUUUUUUUUCAAUGCAUAGUCCCGGCCCGGAGAACGAGGUCAGGGCAGAGCUGAGCCUGCUAUUCAGCUCCGUGGCAGCACAAGAUGAGCUUCCAGCGGCAGAUGAGGUUGUGGCGACUUUACAAGAGGCUGCGCAAAACGGCACCUUCAACAUAUCCCUUGUCCGUGGGUCCAUCACUGUCCUUGGUAAGGAAACAUUUCGUACAAGCAUCUACGCUUUUUGCCCCAGCGGCUGUCUGUUGGGGGACAGAGCACCUACUCAUGCUAACUUUUUGUCAUCCCUCACGCAACGCCCGCAGGUUCAACACUUGGUGACUUAACCACCACUGCAGCUCCUGCACCAGCUGUGCUUCUAUCAGUGACCCUGAACCGGACAUUUACGGAAGAACUGAGGCAACCCAGCAGUGCGCUAUACAGAGAUGUCGCGGAACAACUCGAGACGGAAGUGCGUACAACUUCAAUUCUUUUCUACCGUUUGACCCUCCUCCCACGUAAUCUUGCCCUCUGCUGUGUUUUACUUCUCGAGCCAAUAUUCCUGCCUAACCUUGGUCGUUUGUGUGUUCUCGCUCACAGUGCGACACCAUUCUGCUUGGGGAGUAUGCAGAGACUUUCGUCCGGACCACUGUCCUGGCUUUGAAGUAAGCUUGGGAGGCUUCCCGGUCUCAGACAUAGGCUACAGCACCUGGUCACCAGUAAACCAUCUUUAGGGCCACAGCCAGAUGGAUUCCAGUGUUUAUUUUUGUCUGCGUGACUGAGCCCAUGCUUUGUUAACUACUCUUAAAAGGAGCAAAACCAUUGCAAAUGGAAAACCUGUUCAUCCCACUGAGCUAUGUGUUUUUUUCUUGUUUUUUUUCAAUGCAUAGUCCCGGCCCGGAGAACGAGGUCAGGGCAGAGCUGAGCCUGCUAUUCAGCUCCGUGGCAGCACAAGAUGAGCUUCCAGCGGCAGAUGAGGUUGUGGCGACUUUACAAGAGGCUGCGCAAAACGGCACCUUCAACAUAUCCCUUGUCCGUGGGUCCAUCACUGUCCUUGGUAAGGAAACAUUUCGUACAAGCAUCUACGCUUUUUGCCCCAGCGGCUGUCUGUUGGGGGACAGAGCACCUACUCAUGCUAACUUUUUGUCAUCCCUCACGCAACGCCCGCAGGUUCAACACUUGGUGACUUAACCACCACUGCAGCUCCUGCACCAGCUGUGCUUCUAUCAGUGACCCUGAACCGGACAUUUACGGAAGAACUGAGGCAACCCAGCAGUGCGCUAUACAGAGAUGUCGCGGAACAACUCGAGACGGAAGUGCGUACAACUUCAAUUCUUUUCUACCGUUUGACCCUCCUCCCACGUAAUCUUGCCCUCUGCUGUGUUUUACUUCUCGAGCCAAUAUUCCUGCCUAACCUUGGUCGUUUGUGUGUUCUCGCUCACAGUGCGACACCAUUCUGCUUGGGGAGUAUGCAGAGACUUUCGUCCGGACCACUGUCCUGGCUUUGAAGUAAGCUUGGGAGGCUUCCCGGUCUCAGACAUAGGCUACAGCACCUGGUCACCAGUAAACCAUCUUUAGGGCCACAGCCAGAUGGAUUCCAGUGUUUAUUUUUGUCUGCGUGACUGAGCCCAUGCUUUGUUAACUACUCUUAAAAGGAGCAAAACCAUUGCAAAUGGAAAACCUGUUCAUCCCACUGAGCUAUGUGUUUUUUUCUUGUUUUUUUUCAAUGCAUAGUCCCGGCCCGGAGAACGAGGUCAGGGCAGAGCUGAGCCUGCUAUUCAGCUCCGUGGCAGCACAAGAUGAGCUUCCAGCGGCAGAUGAGGUUGUGGCGACUUUACAAGAGGCUGCGCAAAACGGCACCUUCAACAUAUCCCUUGUCCGUGGGUCCAUCACUGUCCUUGGUAAGGAAACAUUUCGUACAAGCAUCUACGCUUUUUGCCCCAGCGGCUGUCUGUUGGGGGACAGAGCACCUACUCAUGCUAACUUUUUGUCAUCCCUCACGCAACGCCCGCAGGUUCAACACUUGGUGACUUAACCACCACUGCAGCUCCUGCACCAGCUGUGCUUCUUUCAGUGACCCUGAACCGGACAUUUACGGAAGAACUGAGGCAACCCAGCAGUGCGCUAUACAGAGAUGUCGCGGAACAACUCGAGACGGAAGUGCGUACAACUUCAAUUCUUUUCUACCGUUUGACCCUCCUCCCACGUAAUCUUGCCCUCUGCUGUGUUUUACUUCUCGAGCCAAUAUUCCUGCCUAACCUUGGUCGUUUGUGUGUUCUCGCUCACAGUGCGACACCAUUCUGCUUGCGGAGUAUGCAGAGACUUUCGUCCGGACCACUGUCCUGGCUUUGAAGUAAGCUUGGGAGGCUUCCCGGUCUCAGACAUAGGCUACAGCACCUGGUCACCAGUAAACCAUCUUUAGGGCCACAGCCAGAUGGAUUCCAGUGUUUAUUUUUGUCUGCGUGACUGAGCCCAUGCUUUGUUAACUACUCUUAAAAGGAGCAAAACCAUUGCAAAUGGAAAACCUGUUCAUCCCACUGAGCUUUGUGUUUUUUUCUUGUUUUUUUUCAAUGCAUAGUCCCGGCCCGGAGAACGAGGUCAGGGCAGAGCUGAGCCUGCUAUUCAGCUCCGUGGCAGCACAAGAUGAGCUUCCAGCGGCAGAUGAGGUUGUGGCGACUUUACAAGAGGCUGCGCAAAACGGCACCUUCAACAUAUCCCUUGUCCGUGGGUCCAUCACUGUCCUUGGUAAGGAAACAUUUCGUACAAGCAUCUACGCUUUUUGCCCCAGCGGCUGUCUGUUGGGGGACAGAGCACCUACUCAUGCUAACUUUUUGUCAUCCCUCACGCAACGCCCGCAGGUUCAACACUUGGUGACUUAACCACCACUGCAGCUCCUGCACCAGCUGUGCUUCUUUCAGUGACCCUGAACCGGACAUUUACGGAAGAACUGAGGCAACCCAGCAGUGCGCUAUACAGAGAUGUCGCGGAACAACUCGAGACGGAAGUGCGUACAACUUCAAUUCUUUUCUACCGUUUGACCCUCCUCCCACGUAAUCUUGCCCUCUGCUGUGUUUUUACUUCUCGAGCCAAUAUUCCUGCCUAACCUUGGUCGUUUGUGUGUUCUCGCUCACAGUGCGACACCAUUCUGCUUGCGGAGUAUGCAGAGACUUUCGUCCGGACCACUGUCCUGGCUUUGAAGUAAGCUUGGGAGGCUUCCCGUUCUCAGACAUAGGCUACAGCACCUGGUCACCAGUAAACCAUCUUUAGGGCCACAGCCAGAUGGAUUCCAGUGUUUAUUUUUGUCUGCGUGACUGAGCCCAUGCUUUGUUAACUACUCUUAAAAGGAGCAAAACCAUUGCAAAUGGAAAACCUGUUCAUCCCACUGAGCUAUGUGUUUUUUUCUUGUUUUUUUUCAAUGCAUAGUCCCGGCCCGGAGAACGAGGUCAGGGCAGAGCUGAGCCUGCUAUUCAGCUCCGUGGCAGCACAAGAUGAGCUUCCAGCGGCAGAUGAGGUUGUGGCGACUUUACAAGAGGCUGCGCAAAACGGCACCUUCAACAUAUCCCUUGUCCGUGGGUCCAUCACUGUCCUUGGUAAGGAAACAUUUCGUACAAGCAUCUACGCUUUUUGCCCCAGCGGCUGUCAGUUGGGGGACAGAGCACCUACUCAUGCUAACUUUUUGUCAUCCCUCACGCAACGCCCGCAGGUUCAACACUUGGUGACUUAACCACCACUGCAGCUCCUGCACCAGCUGUGCUUCUUUCAGUGACCCUGAACCGGACAUUUACGGAAGAACUGAGGCAACCCAGCAGUGCGCUAUACAGAGAUGUCGCGGAACAACUCGAGACGGAAGUGCGUACAGCUUCAAUACUUUUCUACCGUUUGACCCUCCUCCCACGUAAUCUUGCCCUCUGCUGUGUUUUUACUUCUCGAGCCAAUAUUCCUGCCUAACCUUGGUCGUUUGUGUGUUCUCGCUCACAGUGCGACACCAUUCUGCUUGGGGAGUAUGCAGAGACUUUCGUCCGGACCACUGUCCUGGCUUUGAAGUAAGCUUGGGAGGCUUCCCGGUCUCAGACAUAGGCUACAGCACCUGGUCACCAGGAAACCAUCUUUAGGGCCACAGCCAGAUGGAUUCCAGUGUUUAUUUUUGUCUGCGUGACUGAGCCCAUGCUUUGUUAACUACUCUUAAAAGGAGCAAAACCAUUGGAAAUGGAAAACCUGUUCAUCCCACUGAGCUAUGUGUUUUUUUCUUGUUUUUUUUCAAUGCAUAGUCCCGGCCCGGAGAACGAGGUCAGGGCAGAGCUGAGCCUGCUAUUCAGCUCCGUGGCAGCACAAGAUGAGCUUCCAGCGGCAGAUGAGGUUGUGGCGACUUUACAAGAGGCUGCGCAAAACGGCACCUUCAACAUAUCCCUUGUCCGUGGGUCCAUCACUGUCCUUGGUAAGGAAACAUUUCGUACAAGCAUCUACGCUUUUUGCCCCAGCGGCUGUCAGUUGGGGGACAGAGCACCUACUCAUGCUAACUUUUUGUCAUCCCUCACGCAACGCCCGCAGGUUCAACACUUGGUGACUUAACCACCACUGCAGCUCCUGCACCAGCUGUGCUUCUUUCAGUGACCCUGAACCGGACAUUUACGGAAGAACUGAGGCAACCCAGCAGUGCGCUAUACAGAGAUGUCGCGGAACAACUCGAGACGGAAGUGCGUACAGCUUCAAUACUUUUCUACCGUUUGACCCUCCUCCCACGUAAUCUUGCCCUCUGCUGUGUUUUUACUUCUCGAGCCAAUAUUCCUGCCUAACCUUGGUCGUUUGUGUGUUCUCGCUCACAGUGCGACACCAUUCUGCUUGGGGAGUAUGCAGAGACUUUCGUCCGGACCACUGUCCUGGCUUUGAAGUAAGCUUGGGAGGCUUCCCGGUCUCAGACAUAGGCUACAGCACCUGGUCACCAGGAAACCAUCUUUAGGGCCACAGCCAGAUGGAUUCCAGUGUUUAUUUUUGUCUGCGUGACUGAGCCCAUGCUUUGUUAACUACUCUUAAAAGGAGCAAAACCAUUGGAAAUGGAAAACCUGUUCAUCCCACUGAGCUAUGUGUUUUUUUCUUGUUUUUUUUCAAUGCAUAGUCCCGGCCCGGAGAACGAGGUCAGGGCAGAGCUGAGCCUGCUAUUCAGCUCCGUGGCAGCACAAGAUGAGCUUCCAGCGGCAGAUGAGGUUGUGGCGACUUUACAAGAGGCUGCGCAAAACGGCACCUUCAACAUAUCCCUUGUCCGUGGGUCCAUCACUGUCCUUGGUAAGGAAACAUUUCGUACAAGCAUCUACGCUUUUUGCCCCAGCGGCUGUCUGUUGGGGGACAGAGCACCUACUCAUGCUAACUUUUUGUCAUCCCUCACGCAACGCCCGCAGGUUCAACACUUGGUGACUUAACCACCACUGCAGCUCCUGCACCAGCUGUGCUUCUUUCAGUGACCCUGAACCGGACAUUUACGGAAGAACUGAGGCAACCCAGCAGUGCGCUAUACAGAGAUGUCGCGGAACAACUCGAGACGGAAGUGCGUACAGCUUCAAUACUUUUCUACCGUUUGACCCUCCUCCCACGUAAUCUUGCCCUCUGCUGUGUUUUUACUUCUCGAGCCAAUAUUCCUGCCUAACCUUGGUCGUUUGUGUGUUCUCGCUCACAGUGCGACACCAUUCUGCUUGGGGAGUAUGCAGAGACUUUCGUCCGGACCACUGUCCUGGCUUUGAAGUAAGCUUGGGAGGCUUCCCGGUCUCAGACAUAGGCUACAGCACCUGGUCACCAGGAAACCAUCUUUAGGGCCACAGCCAGAUGGAUUCCAGUGUUUAUUUUUGUCUGCGUGACUGAGCCCAUGCUUUGUUAACUACUCUUAAAAGGAGCAAAACCAUUGGAAAUGGAAAACCUGUUCAUCCCACUGAGCUAUGUGUUUUUUUCUUGUUUUUUUUCAAUGCAUAGUCCCGGCCCGGAGAACGAGGUCAGGGCAGAGCUGAGCCUGCUAUUCAGCUCCGUGGCAGCACAAGAUGAGCUUCCAGCGGCAGAUGAGGUUGUGGCGACUUUACAAGAGGCUGCGCAAAACGGCACCUUCAACAUAUCCCUUGUCCGUGGGUCCAUCACUGUCCUUGGUAAGGAAACAUUUCGUACAAGCAUCUACGCUUUUUGCCCCAGCGGCUGUCUGUUGGGGGACAGAGCACCUACUCAUGCUAACUUUUUGUCAUCCCUCACGCAACGCCCGCAGGUUCAACACUUGGUGACUUAACCACCACUGCAGCUCCUGCACCAGCUGUGCUUCUAUCAGUGACCCUGAACCGGACAUUUACGGAAGAACUGAGGCAACCCAGCAGUGCGCUAUACAGAGAUGUCGCGGAACAACUCGAGACGGAAGUGCGUACAACUUCAAUUCUUUUCUACCGUUUGACCCUCCUCCCACGUAAUCUUGCCCUCUGCUGUGUUUUACUUCUCGAGCCAAUAUUCCUGCCUAACCUUGGUCGUUUGUGUGUUCUCGCUCACAGUGCGACACCAUUCUGCUUGCGGAGUAUGCAGAGACUUUCGUCCGGACCACUGUCCUGGCUUUGAAGUAAGCUUGGGAGGCUUCCCGGUCUCAGACAUAGGCUACAGCACCUGGUCACCAGUAAACCAUCUUUAGGGCCACAGCCAGAUGGAUUCCAGUGUUUAUUUUUGUCUGCGUGACUGAGCCCAUGCUUUGUUAACUACUCUUAAAAGGAGCAAAACCAUUGCAAAUGGAAAACCUGUUCAUCCCACUGAGCUUUGUGUUUUUUUCUUGUUUUUUUUCAAUGCAUAGUCCCGGCCCGGAGAACGAGGUCAGGGCAGAGCUGAGCCUGCUAUUCAGCUCCGUGGCAGCACAAGAUGAGCUUCCAGCGGCAGAUGAGGUUGUGGCGACUUUACAAGAGGCUGCGCAAAACGGCACCUUCAACAUAUCCCUUGUCCGUGGGUCCAUCACUGUCCUUGGUAAGGAAACAUUUCGUACAAGCAUCUACGCUUUUUGCCCCAGCGGCUGUCUGUUGGGGGACAGAGCACCUACUCAUGCUAACUUUUUGUCAUCCCUCACGCAACGCCCGCAGGUUCAACACUUGGUGACUUAACCACCACUGCAGCUCCUGCACCAGCUGUGCUUCUUUCAGUGACCCUGAACCGGACAUUUACGGAAGAACUGAGGCAACCCAGCAGUGCGCUAUACAGAGAUGUCGCGGAACAACUCGAGACGGAAGUGCGUACAACUUCAAUUCUUUUCUACCGUUUGACCCUCCUCCCACGUAAUCUUGCCCUCUGCUGUGUUUUUACUUCUCGAGCCAAUAUUCCUGCCUAACCUUGGUCGUUUGUGUGUUCUCGCUCACAGUGCGACACCAUUCUGCUUGCGGAGUAUGCAGAGACUUUUGUCAGGACCACUGUCCUGGCUUUGAAGUAAGCUUGGGAGGCUUCCCGGUCUCAGACAUAGGCUACAGCACCUGGUCACCAGGAAACCAUCUUUAGGGCCACAGCCAGAUGGAUUCCAGUGUUUAUUUUUGUCUGCGUGACUGAGCCCAUGCUUUGUUAACUACUCUUAAAAGGAGCAAAACCAUUGCAAAUGGAAAACCUGUUCAUCCCACUGAGCUAUGUGUUUUUUUCUUGUUUUUUUUCAAUGCAUAGUCCCGGCCCGGAGAACGAGGUCAGGGCAGAGCUGAGCCUGCUAUUCAGCUCCGUGGCAGCACAAGAUGAGCUUCCAGCGGCAGAUGAGGUUGUGGCGACUUUACAAGAGGCUGCGCAAAAUGGCACCUUCAACAUAUCCCUUGUCCGUGGGUCCAUCACUGUCCUUGGUAAGGAAACAUUUCGUACAAGCAUCUACGCUUUUUGCCCCAGCGGCUGUCUGUUGGGGGACAGAGCACCUACUCAUGCUAACUUUUUGUCAUCCCUCACGCAACGCCCGCAGGUUCAACACUUGGUGACUUAACCACCACUGCAGCUCCUGCACCAGCUGUGCUUCUAUCAGUGACCCUGAACCGGACAUUUACGGAAGAACUGAGGCAACCCAGCAGUGCGCUAUACAGAGAUGUCGCGGAACAACUCGAGACGGAAGUGCGUACAACUUCAAUUCUUUUCUACCGUUUGACCCUCCUCCCACGUAAUCUUGCCCUCUGCUGUGUUUUACUUCUCGAGCCAAUAUUCCUGCCUAACCUUGGUCGUUUGUGUGUUCUCGCUCACAGUGCGACACCAUUCUGCUUGGGGAGUAUGCAGAGACUUUCGUCCGGACCACUGUCCUGGCUUUGAAGUAAGCUUGGGAGGCUUCCCGGUCUCAGACAUAGGCUACAGCACCUGGUCACCAGUAAACCAUCUUUAGGGCCACAGCCAGAUGGAUUCCAGUGUUUAUUUUUGUCUGCGUGACUGAGCCCAUGCUUUGUUAACUACUCUUAAAAGGAGCAAAACCAUUGCAAAUGGAAAACCUGUUCAUCCCACUGAGCUAUGUGUUUUUUUCUUGUUUUUUUUCAAUGCAUAGUCCCGGCCCGGAGAACGAGGUCAGGGCAGAGCUGAGCCUGCUAUUCAGCUCCGUGGCAGCACAAGAUGAGCUUCCAGCGGCAGAUGAGGUUGUGGCGACUUUACAAGAGGCUGCGCAAAACGGCACCUUCAACAUAUCCCUUGUCCGUGGGUCCAUCACUGUCCUUGGUAAGGAAACAUUUCGUACAAGCAUCUACGCUUUUUGCCCCAGCGGCUGUCUGUUGGAGGACAGAGCACCUACUCAUGCUAACUUUUUGUCAUCCCUCACGCAACGCCCGCAGGUUCAACACUUGGUGACUUAACCACCACUGGACCUAUGUCAACAACCUCAACCCAGACAUCAUCACCAGAUGGUGAUUCAACAAUUAGUUUCUCCCCUCAAACCACUGGUGCGUUGGUAUAUUUUGUUAUUCACAUUUUUGUAGUCUUUUUUUGGUUGCUUAUUUCCUUUUUUCUAUUCUUCUAAUUUUUCAGCUUUUGUUUUUCACUAUUUUUUUUAACAUAACAUUGAUCAGGUUUAACUUCGAGCAAAGAUUAUAAGGGACUCGUCUUUUGGCCUUAAAGCUUUGUACAUGAUCCCAUACUUUACAUUUUUAACUUUAAGUCGCACUUUAAUUGUGAAUGUUUGGUUGCUUUUCCUCUUUUUGGACAAAACACUGUCUGUGGAGUCUGUUAUUUUUUUUAAAAGCAAUGACAUAAUAGCCCACAAUAUGAAACAGGUCUUUGCAGAAGGCUAAUUGCAAUUUUGCAAAUAACCAACAACAAAUAUUGUUUUGCUAGCAAUAGGAGGGUCAAACACUGGUGAUUCUUCAACUGAUGGAUCAACCCCUGCACUAACAACCAGCCCUGGUGGAUCAGGUGGUGCAACUACAACAAAAGAAAUGGUUUCUUCUGGUGCAUUUACAAACAUCAAUGGAUUGUCUACAUCUCAUGGGCCAACAACAACAGGAGGCUCUUUACCUGAUAUAUCAACACCUGCACUAACAACCAGGCCUGAUGGAUCAGGUGGUGCAACUACAACAAAAGAAAUGGUUUCGUCUGGUGCAUUUACAAACAUCAAUGGAUUGUCUACAUCUAAUGGGCCAACAACAACAACAACAACAGGAGGCUCUUUACCUGAUGGAUCAACACCUGCACUAACAACCAGCCCUGGUGGAUCAGGUGGUGAAGCUACCACUCCAUCAGCACCAGCUUUUUUUCUUUCAGUAAAUGUGGAACAACCUUUUGUGGCAGAAUUAAAUAAUCCAAACAGUGCACAAUACAAAGCACUUGAAGCUCAAAUUGUAGACCUGGUUAGUACCACUGUUAAGCUCAUCUUUUUUACAUGCUUAAAUGAAAAUCUUUCUGACAUAUUUUGCUCAUGGUCUUGUUCCUUUUAAGUAAUUUUUCAUAUUUUUUCUCCUUUUAUAGCUCAAUUUCAUCUUCAGUCAAAAGUUUGGUUCUCUUUUCAGUCAUGCAAUUGUUUUAGGAUUCAGGUAAGAGUCUAUCUCUGAAAGCAUUCAUCAGAAUACAAUUUUACAUAACUUUUGAGUGUAUUUCUAGUUUUGUUUCUAAUUUUAAGACUGCUUUGGAUACCGAAAAUUCAACAACAACAACAACAACAACAUGAAACCCCAAAUAACUGAUAACUUUUUUUUCUGUGUAGUCCUGCUGUUGUAACCACUCGAGUGAGUCAGACUCAAGCGGAUUUCAAACUUGAGUUCAACAACCCAGCUCCACAAGAUCAAAUCCCAGAGGAAGAAACUGUUGAACAAACCUUAAUGACUGCUCUGAACAACUCCAACAAUACCUUCAAUGUCACUGUUGAUCCAAACAGCAUUGUAUUUAUAAGUAAGUUAAAGCAAAUAUUACCUAUGUCAUCUUUUAGACUGUAUGCUGUUCAUCUGUGGCUAUGUAAAUGUGUGAUAGAGCACAGAAAAAUAGAUAAAUUGACAUUUUUUUUAGCAACUAAGUAAGCUCAAGAGCUUCAGGAAACUUAAAAAAUUGGCAUUGUUUUUUAUGAUCCAUUAAAUUUUAAACUGCUACAAUUUUUUUUUAAGCACACAAAAAGAAAAAUACAAGAGAACAUAAUCACUACACAACAACAGUGGAACAUCUGAAUGUUCUUUGACAAAGUUUAUGUUAAACUGUCAUUUGCUGACCAUUUGUCAUCCCUGACACAAUGCCUACAGACUCAACACUUGGUGGCUCAACCACGAGUAGGCCAAAAACAACAACACUGACAACUUCUCCUUCAACACAAUCUGAUGGUGUAACAAGUGAGACAUUGAAGCCAGCUGGUAGUUCAACAAUAAGUCCUACACGACAAACAUCUAGUGAGUUGGGUUUUGUGUAAUUCAUGUCUUUUUUUUUCUUCUUUUUUUUUCAAGUUGGUUUAACCUUUUUUUUAAAAAAACAUAUAUUUCAACAAUCACAUAUUUACUUUUUUAACGUAAACAUUGACUAGGUCAUGUCAUUUGGGCAAAGGUGGUGUGAGACCUGACUGUUGGCCUAAAAGCUUUGUACAUGAUCCCAUAGUUAACUUUAAGUAUCACUUUAAUUGUAAAUGCUAGGUUGUUUUUUUCCUCUUUUUGGACAUAACACUGUCAAUGGAGUCUGAUUUUUAAAAAAGCAAACACAUAAUAGCCCACAAUGUGAAACAGGUCUUCAAAGGUCUUUGCAGAAGGCUAAUUGCAAUGUUGCAAAUAACCAACAACAAAUAUUGUUUUACCAGCAAUAGGAGGGUCAAACACUGGUGGUUCUUCUACUGAUGGAUCAACACCCAAAUUAACAACCAGCCCUGGUGGAUCAGGUGGUGCAACUACAACAAAACAAAUGGUUUCUUCUGGUGCAUUUACAAACAUCAAUGGAUUGUCUACAUCUCAUGGGCCAACAACAACAACAGGAGGCUCUUUACCUGAUGGAUCAACACCUGCACUAACAACCAGCCCUGGUGGAUCAGGUGGUGCAACUACAACAAAAGAAAUGGUUUCGUCUGGUGCAUUUACAAACAUCAAUGGAUUGUCUACAUCUCAUGGGCCAACAACAACAACAACAACAGGAGGCUCUUUACCUGAUGGAUCAACACCUGCACUAACAACCAGCCCUGGUGGAUCAGGUGGUGAAGCUACCACUCCAUCAGCACCAGCUUUUUUUCUUUCAGUAAAUGUGGAACAACCUUUUGUGGCAGAAUUAAAUAAUCCAAACAGUGCACAAUACAAAGCACUUGAAGCUCAAAUUGUAGACCUGGUUAGUACCACUGUUAAGCUCAUCUUUUUUACAUGCUUAAAUGAAAAUCUUUCUGACAUAUUUUGCUCAUGGUCUUGUUCCUUUUAAGUAAUUUUUCAUAUUUUUUCUCCUUUUAUAGCUCAAUUUCAUCUUCAGUCAAAAGUUUGGUUCUCUUUUCAGUCAUGCAAUUGUUUUAGGAUUCAGGUAAGAGUCUAUCUCUGAAAGCAUUCAUCAGAAUACAAUUUUACAUAACUUUUGAGUGUAUUUCUAGUUUUGUUUCUAAUUUUAAGACUGCUUUGGAUACCGAAAAUUCAACAACAACAACAACAACAACAUGAAACCCCAAAUAACUGAUAACUUUUUUUUCUGUGUAGUCCUGCUGUUGUAACCACUCGAGUGAGUCAGACUCAAGCGGAUUUCAAACUUGAGUUCAACAACCCAGCUCCACAAGAUCAAAUCCCAGAGGAAGAAACUGUUGAACAAACCUUAAUGACUGCUCUGAACAACUCCAACAAUACCUUCAAUGUCACUGUUGAUCCAAACAGCAUUGUAUUUAUAAGUAAGUUAAAGCAAAUAUUACCUAUGUCAUCUUUUAGACUGUAUGCUGUUCAUCUGUGGCUAUGUAAAUGUGUGAUAGAGCACAGAAAAAUAGAUAAAUUGACAUUUUUUUUAGCAACUAAGUAAGCUCAAGAGCUUCAGGAAACUUAAAAAAUUGGCAUUGUUUUUUAUGAUCCAUUAAAUUUUAAACUGCUACAAUUUUUUUUAAGCACACAAAAAGAAAAAUACAAGAGAACAUAAUCACUACACAACAACAGUGGAACAUCUGAAUGUUCUUUGACAAAGUUUAUGUUAAACUGUCAUUUGCUGACCAUUUGUCAUCCCUGACACAAUGCCUACAGACUCAACACUUGGUGGCUCAACCACGAGUAGGCCAAAAACAACAACACUGACAACUUCUCCUUCAACACAAUCUGAUGGUGUAACAAGUGAGACAUUGAAGCCAGCUGGUAGUUCAACAAUAAGUCCUACACGACAAACAUCUAGUGAGUUGGGUUUUGUGUAAUUCAUGUCUUUUUUUUUCUUCUUUUUUUUUCAAGUUGGUUUAACCUUUUUUUAAAAAAAACAUAUAUUUCAACAAUCACAUAUUUACUUUUUUAACGUAAACAUUGACUAGGUCAUGUCAUUUGGGCAAAGGUGGUGUGAGACCUGACUGUUGGCCUAAAAGCUUUGUACAUGAUCCCAUAGUUAACUUUAAGUAUCACUUUAAUUGUAAAUGCUAGGUUGUUUUUUUCCUCUUUUUGGACAUAACACUGUCAAUGGAGUCUGAUUUUUAAAAAAGCAAACACAUAAUAGCCCACAAUGUGAAACAGGUCUUCAAAGGUCUUUGCAGAAGGCUAAUUGCAAUGUUGCAAAUAACCAACAACAAAUAUUGUUUUACCAGCAAUAGGAGGGUCAAACACUGGUGGUUCUUCUACUGAUGGAUCAACACCCAAAUUAACAACCAGCCCUGGUGGAUCAGGUGGUGCAACUACAACAAAACAAAUGGUUUCUUCUGGUGCAUUUACAAACAUCAAUGGAUUGUCUACAUCUCAUGGGCCAACAACAACAACAGGAGGCUCUUUACCUGAUGGAUCAACACCUGCACUAACAACCAGCCCUGGUGGAUCAGGUGGUGAAGCUACCACUCCAUCCCGACCAGCUGUUAUUCUUGCAGUAAAUGUGGAACAACCUUUUGUGGCAGAAUUAAAUAAUCCAAACAGUGCACAAUACAAAGCACUUGAAGCUCAAGUUUUAGAACUGGUGAGUACCACUGUUAAGUUUAUCUUUUCAUAUGCUUAACAGAAAAACGUUCAGUUUUCAUCUGUCAUAUUUUGCUCAUGGUCUUGUUCCAUUUGAGUAAUUCUUCCUAAUUUUUCUCUUUUUAUAGUUUGUUUUUAUUUUCAAACAAAAAUUUGGUCCUCUUUUCUUUGGUGCAGUUGUUUUAGGAUUCAGGUAAGAGUCUUAUUUUGAAAACCUUUGUCAGAAUACUUUUUCAUUUUACAAAGCUAACAAACAAACAAACAAAAAAAGCAUUUCAUAAACCCAAAAUCAUAUGGUUUUUAAAAAUUCUAUUUAGUCCUGCUGCAACUACUCGAGAGGAAAACACACGAGCGGAUUUAAAAGUUGAGUUCAACAAUUCAGCUCCACGAGAUCAAAUCCCAGGGGAUGAAGCUGUUGCACAAACCUUUGUGGCUGCUGUUAACAACCCCAACAACACUUUCAAUGUCACUGUUGAUCCAAACAGCCUUGUAGUUAUUCGUAAGUGAAGAUCAAUUUUCCUUUUCCAAUGCACAGAGCAUUAUCAGGCUUAAGUGUAAAUGUUAUACCUGCUUUUAUUGAGAUAAGAGAUUUUAUAAUGACAAGGAAAAUGGCCAGGGCUUCAAAUUGGCUUAGAGUUUGAGCUAAGAAUGUGAUGUGGUUUUCUUAAUCUAUUUUACAGAAACUACAAAUACAACAAGUUCUACAGAAACUGCAAAUACAACAAGUUCACCAAGUGCAGCGCCAAAUUCAGCCACUACAACAGCAGCCCCCACAGCUGAACAGCUCAUGACACGACAAUUGACGUUCACGUCACGUGGAGAAACUUUUUUAAAUGACUUGCAGAACAACUCAUCUCCAGCAUUUAAAAAUCGAGCUGCAAUGAUCACAUCAGAGGUGAGUCUCACUCUUCAGAAUGUACCAUGUUCUAUUAUAUAAACUAAAAAAAAAACCCACAUAGAAUAUCACCCACUUAAAAUGUGUCCAUACUUUUUUCUGGAUUAUUAAGCAGGAUGUUGUGGGAAAGCUUUCACCUCUUCUCUAGGCACCAUUCCACCACUAUUUCCAUGACAAUAAAUGUGUUGGUCACAAAAUAGUAAUUUAUAGUGCAAAAGAAGUAAAGCAUACUGGUCACAAAUGUGUUAAAAUAAUGUACCAUUUUUUAAAAAUAUUUUUACCCCCACAGCUUCAACCUUACUACCAAAGAGCGUUCUCGUCAUUCCAAUCCUUUACUGUGACAUCAUUCAGGUAAACUCUUAACAUUAUGCGAAUAUAAUGGAGUGAUGUUUUCUAUAAAUUUGCACGUAAACUAAAGCAGAAUGUUUUAUGUGUCUAUAAUGCAGUAAUGGGUCCAUCGUCAACAAAGCAGACCUUAGGUUUGCAAGUACAUCUGUUCCAAGUGGCACUCAGAUUGCAGAUGUUUUGGUCGCAGCAGCUUCAAAUAUCACAGCUUUCAACAUUGACACCACCUCAAUCAUUGUGGAUGGUAUACGUAAGUUGCAUAUGAAAACACCUAAAUAGAUACAUACAAUACAACACAAAUACUUUUAUCUAGGUGUAUGUUCAAGCAUGGGCUUCUCCACUUUUUUUCUUCUUUUACAGAAAUAUCGGGUGCGGUGAGCCACAAAUUCAGUCUGAUCACUGCAUCCUUCCUUGUGCUGCUGUCAUGGCUACUGUCGAACCAAGAAUAG